ACGGAGCGUCCGAGACCGUUGUGCGCGCUCGACCAUUAUUAUAUCAUUAUUGUUACCGAGCGUCGUCGUACUUCACACGUGCUCGUUACGUAUUUUUUUUUUUUUACCGGCAAUUUUCUUUUCUCGUUUUGUUUACACUCGCGUUUGUUUGUUUUUAUUUUUAACUCGAACGCGCUUUUAGGCGCUUUUUAACCGAACACGUAAUAUCGUUUUAUUGUGUUCUAACCACCGGGCCGGUAACGGUCGUGCGCGGGAAACGUAUGUACCUAAUCACAUAAUUAUCAUAUACCUAAUAAUACCGCAUAAUAUUAUGACCACGGUUCUGCGAGUGUUGGCGCUCGCCAUGCUGCUGGCCGUCCGGGCGCGGACGCUGUCCAACGGCACGGGCGGCUAUUACGGGUGGACCGGCGGCGAACGGUUCACGAAGCUGGACAGAUUUCUGCAGGACAGGAUGGGCGUGGGUGGCAGCAAAUCCGAGCCGGCGGCUUCGCAGACCGCGGUGGACCACGGCCUGUGGUCCCGGACUGCGAUCGCGGCCAGCGUGGCCGUGCCCCAGGACGAGGACGAUGGCGCCGAAGAUGACGACGAAAACGACGACGAGGAGGAAGAGGAACCGCGCAAACCAGUAAAACUCAGGCACUGGAACCGAUGGGAAGAGGAGAACACAGUCAACGAUAGAGUAAUUAUUUCCUUAAUAUACCCUCACAUAAUAUAUAGGUGAAAUUGUAAUUUCGUCUAGUGACGUGUUUAGAGGAGAUAUUAGUAAGAUAUUAUCUCAUCCCUUGGAUUUUUGUUUUAUAUUUAUUAUUUAUACUGCUCUGUUUUGUUGAACUCAACUUCACUUUCUAGGGUUACCUAAGUUAAUUAUAUAUACUAUUCAUAUAUUAUUAUUUUAGCUAUUGAUAUUAUAUAGUUAUUCGAUUUCAGUUUUUCUUUUAGGGCAGUUGAAUUAGGUGAGUAUAAAGAUACAUUAGUAUCGCUUAGACAAAUAAUUACACGGGUAAAUUUAAAAUUAAUUUGUUUUUAUACAAUACAAGGUACACGGUUUUCAAAUAUUCAAUAUCUUUCUUUCUUUCCUCGACACGAAAUACUAAAUACGCCGCUGAUUUGGUCAAUAACCGUGCCGGUAUGUGAGUACGAUAUAGGUGUUACAGUACACUACGAAUUUAAGUGUCGACAAUUUAAAUGUUCCCGAGUUAUCAUGCGCUUUUAUAAACAAUAGUAAUUGCAGGGUAAAAAGUUCCAUUAUUAUAAUAUAUUAUUAUAGUCGUCUGCAAUGGUAAUUUAUGCACUGGGCAGAGCUCAGGUAAAACUUAUGAAUAAUACAAUAAAAUAUUGUGCAUCGCACACAUAUCUAAAAACCGAUGCCCGGACUAGGAGAAGGAUCUUGGAGAAAUAUUUUGUAGAGAGUGUCUUUUAAAAUUGUGUUUUAUUUGUUUAGAUUCUGAUCGUACCUAGCGAAGAAUUGUUUGGUGUCCCUAUGAUGUGUGUGAAGUUUUAUUUUUGUAUUUUCAGUGUCUGUAAAUAACUUUUUUGCCAAGACUUUUUCACCAAUUAAAAUGUGACAAGAAAGCUUUUUUGUAAAAUUUCGUAUCUACUUAGUGUGUGUGUGUGUGUUAAGGAUAUAAUUUUUCAUUUGCUUUUUUUAUGUAGUUUUCUUAAUAAUUGGGAAAAAUCGAGAAAAAUGGGAUGGUUAGCAGCAUUAAUGGUUUUAUUAUUUAAACUUCAUAAUUAUAAUGUAUCUAAUAUGAAGGCGAGAUAUGUGCUCGACGGUAUCCGACCAAAAUAGCGAAAAAUUAAUCUCGAAUGUAAGAACCGCGAAUAAUAUUGAAUUUUAAAAAAGAGCUAAAAUAUAAUACAAUGGAUAAAAUAUAGUAUAUGUUUUGAAUAUACGUUCAUUUUAAUCGCGUGUCGUUAAGUUCAUUUAAGUAUUAAUAAUUUGGAUAUUUAGUGAUAAUAAUAAGCUUAAAAAAAACAAUUAGGUAUUUAGGACAAAUUAUACGCUACACCUUUUACAAGGUUCUUAUUAUCAUUAGUAUAAUAGUUUGAAAUUUAUAUAUACGUUUCGAUAUUACGCAUUAUUGAUUAUUUUAAAAUUAAAAUUAAAAUAAUUUUGAAUUUUUAUUUUCGUUAUUAUUAAUUUGCGAUUUUUACAUUCGCAGUUACUUGUUUCUCUAUUUUGGCCUAGACCCAUGCCUGUAACUCUGCUUGACACUCUAUAAUAAUAAUUAAUUAUCAUCCCUUCCUUAUCUGGAUUUAAAUUUCAAUUAAUGUAAACAGUGUAAGGUUUACCUUAAAUGUUUUAAUAAUUUUCGGUAAUGUCUUGGAAUCAGAAAAAUGGUAAAAAAUGUACUUUUGAUUUCUGCAUUGAAAAUCAUGAAGAUAAAAUUGUAAACUUCUUUUUUUCAUCAUAUCAUACCUACAUAAAAUCUAUAUACUAAAAUACUAAUUAUAUUUAGUACCAUAAUUAUAGUUACAUAAAUACAAAUCCAGGGGAGGGGCAAUCGCUAUAUCGAACUCCUUAAAUACGCCCCCGAUAGGAACUUUACUGUACUUAGAAUUUUAGUUUAUUUGGUGAUUUUUAUUUUUUUAAUUAGCCGAGAAAUUUCUCGAGGGAUAUUUUGAUGAAAUACAUUUUUUGCCAACUUAUGCUUUUUCUAUUCAAAUAUUAUUAUGAUAUUUCGCUCGUAAUUUUUAUUUGAAUUUAAGUAUUAGGUGUAUUAUUAUUACCUAUACGUGAUUUUAACGUUUAUUUUUACUGGCGUUAAUUAUCGCUUGAUAACAAUUUUAAUUAAUACAAAUACCCAUAUAAUAAUCAUAGUAUAAUACGAUCUAUUUUUUUUAUUUGAAAUCAAACACGAUCGCGGUCACGAGACCUAAAAUGUAUCGUUUUGAAUAAAGUACUCACCGACCAUUUGACUGAUAUAUAGUAAAACUGGUUAUAGCCGCUGUAGGCUUUCGUGAACGCAAUGGUUAUUUAAAUUGCAUGCUAUUUGUCAUUAAGAAAUUACCUACCCGUUAAUUUUUAUUUGGAAAUAACUUAGGUUGAAGUUCACGAAUGUAACUGCACGAUUUUCUAUUUAAUUUUUAAUUUCAAGUUUUUAUUUUGGUAAUAAUCGGGUAAACCUAUUUUAUUUAUAACGUAAAAAGUAGGUAAUACAAACAACAAAAAAUAAAAAAUAAACUUUACUAUUAAAAUAUAUAGCAAUGCUCUCUUUGUUAUAAAUUAUAAUAUAAUCGUAUAACGUCUAUAAACUAACUAUGUAUCUCACUAUAGUCAUUAUCGGACAUCAAAGUAUAGAUAAAUCAUAAUAUAAUGCGAAUAAAUACGAGUUUGUUUUAUAUAAACAAGUGUGGUGUUUCGAUGUUAAAAUGUUUGUUUGUGUUUAUUCCAUUACACACGAAUCGCUAAAUGCAGAAAGGGCACAUGUUCCAAAUUUAACAUAUUUCGAUAACGAUAAAAAUACUUAAUAUGGCUGAAAAAAAUGGAAAAUAUAAACUUCAUGUUUAUAACUAAUAUUGUAUAAGGAUACAAUAUAGGGUUAGAUAUCACCAAUAAGUUGCCACAGUCAUUUUAUGAAAUGUUAUUAAAUUCUAGGUGCUUAAGAAUUUUUUUCUCCCUAAUAUUGAAUAAUUUUAAAAUUUGAACAUAUAUCUUUUUUGGAUUUAGCGAUUCAUGUAUAAUAAAAUAAAUCUGUAGUUAUGGCAGGGACAAUGUUAUUAUAAUUAGAUAGUUACAGCUACGAGUUUAAAUCGUUUUAAAUAAUAAUAAUAAAAAAAAAAAUAGAAAACCUGUAUGAAUAAGGCGAUGAUAAUAAAACGAUAUUUAUUAUUAAAAAGUUGUCACAUAAAAUAUGUCGGGGUUUUGUUCGAGUGAUUAUCAAAAAUUUCAGAAAAUAGAACGUGUAAUAUAACUAAUACGAAAAGUCCGUUGACUGUUCGUUUUCAAACGACAGGCGUUGAAAAUUUAACGAACGAUUAAAACACCCUGUAUAUUAUAUACGUUUGUCCGUCAUUGACCCGACGAUUGAGACGCUGUCCACAUCGCCUACCCCGCAGAAAAGUAUAUUAAUAUUUAUGUCCAUUCACUCCGUAUGUAAUAUUAUGCGAUAAUUAAUAUUUCGCCAGCUCGUUUACGCGCGUACGUCUGAAGUAUUUUUUUUUAUUUUUGAUCUAUUUGUAUCCGUUUUUGUCGCGAGUUCCCACGCACGCGCUUCCAGACGUAUACAAAUCAUACACGAUACAUAUGCAUGUAUACAUUUUUUUUUUCUAUUAAAUUUUUUUAUUUAUCAAAACUAUGCGCGGUUCGCGCUAUUCGAGUUUUCUAAUAAUAAUUAUUAUCAUUAGUGAGCGGUUUAGAGGGAAGAGAGGGGGGAGGGUCGGGAGGGCCGAAACUCGUUGUCCGAAUCGAUUGCAUCUUUCGCCGGUUAUACGCGAACGCGGCACUCGGUCGGUCAUCGUCAGUCGGAUGAUUUAUUACUCUCCACGUGCCGGCCGACGCGCGGCGUCCUCUUAUUUUUGGUACCCCGAUUGUAGCGGACCGGAGAAAAUCCGUCGAAAUUUCACAGGUAGGCGACGAGCGGAAAAUACGUUUUACGCAGGUUUUAUUUAUUUUUUUCGGGUGGAGGGGGGAGUUGAGUUUUUAGAAACCCACACCUUUAAAACAAACAUUAAAAAAAAGAGCCGAUACUGAUACUACCGAUGGGCAGCACUGUUGAGGUGGUUUCAGAAUGUUACGUAGAGCAAUUUAAUCUUAAAAACGAAAAAGUAUUCUCGAUUAAUAAUAAUCGAGCAAAGUUCGGUUGUAAGAUAUGUUUAAUGUUUUGAAAUUGUACGAUUUUCAUAAAAAUUUGAAAUUUAAACGCUUGUAUAAAAAAAAAAUCGUGUCAACCGAUUUUUGAUAUUUGUAUAGAGUUUCGAGAGUACUCAAUAGUACAAUUUAUAUUCGAGCAUUUUUGAGAAGCUAAAUAAAUUGUAUUCACAUAAAACUAAAUAAUAAUUAAAAUAACUCGAAAAUUUCUUAUGAUUAUAUAGUGUAGUGUAUACACUAUACAUACUAAAAAAUGGAUAGAAUAAUUUCAAAAUGUAUUACCUUCCUUUAGAAAUGUCCAAUAUAAGUAUUCUGUGAAAAUUGCAGGUUUCUACGAUUAUUUUUAACCAAAUUACAAUAAAACAAAAUACAAAAUAAAGAAACCGUUAUUGCCGUACAGUUUCCUGUUUUUCCCUGAUUAUUAAAACAAAUACAAGAAAAAUCAAUAAUCAAUGUCUUCAUUUUACCGAUUAUAUCCAAAAUACUACAUACAUCUCUCUUGUUGUUUUUCGAUUAGAGCGUGAUUUCAGGUAGAAAAGUUGUUUACAGACGUAUACAAAAAAUAGGGGUAAAAGCUUAUGUCACAGUAAAACCAAUAAAUUCCUGGCUACGAUCAAAAUUAAAAUAUUUAUUUAUAGAGUUAUCGGACUAUAUAACAAUAACUGUGAUAAUAAAUUAAAAUGUAAUAUAAUUAUAUAGGUCGUAUACGAAUGAAUAAAUACUGAAAUUAUUCGACUAGCAGAUAAGAUAAUAUUAAUUUGAAAUGUGAAUGAUACAAACAAAUUAACUUAUAAAUCGAACAAUAGACGUAGAUAAGUACUACAAAAAACUAUGGAAAUAAUCUUUAUCGACUCUUAUUAUGCAUCAAUUUAUUUGUACAGCGGUACACAAAAAUUCGCCUCGGCAAUAUAUGCUAAAAAUAACGAAAAAAUACCGCUGUUUGAGAUGUCAUUGAGGAUUUAUUUUACGUUUAAAAUAUAAUCUAGUAGGCGAGGCAAUUCAAACGUCGCGUUAGUGUAAAAUAUUUAAUUAAAUUAAAUUUGUAUAUUGUUAUUAUUAUUGUUUUUUUUUACGUCUUACCGAAGCAAUUUUUUUUAAGAUGGCAAUCUUGUAGGUACGUGUGCACAUUUUAUCUAAUAUUUUAUAUUAAUAAAAAAAGGAAAAUAAAUAAACUGAUAUGGUUGAUUAUGAUGAUAUUUGAAAAAUGAUCAUAGUGUAAUCGUCGAAAAAAAAAGUAAUAAAUACAUAUUAGCGAUUAUUGAUAUAUUUCCAGAGUUAACGACAUAUAUUUAAUUUCCUUUGACUAUGAUAAAAUGUAUUUUGAUACGGUCGAUGGGGGGUGUUGAAUAAUAGUUUGUUGCAGUGGCACUAAACGCAUCAUUACUAUUAAUUCGUAUAUACAAUAUUAUAUUAUUACAAAGCAACCCAUGAUGGAUUUGAAAUAUUGAAUUUGGGUACCCAGUGUUCGUAUUGUUAAAAGUUGAUAGUAGAUCCUGGGCACUAUGUCGAGGAUGGCCGUGUAAAUGUUGGCUAGAUAGAAUUAGAAAAAAUAUCAGGGAAGUUAAUGAAGCAACUAGUUUGGAAAAAGCGGAUAACCGGGAAAAUAUAAAUGGAAGUAAAUGGAUAAAAAGGAACAAAAAACUUACAUGUCCCGUAGAAGCUAUAAAAAAAAAAAUCACAAACAGUUUUAUGGAGAAGAGUGGAAGGAAGCACGAUAUGAUUUUAAUUUUUUACACGGUUUUAUCAAGAGGGUUAUCAAGAUAUGUUAAUAAGGUGUGCGGAAUGAGAUUACUGCGGGACGCUGGAGUGAGAAGGGUCAUUAGAAAUAUAGUUGUGUUGUUAUUUAUUUUUAAUAAUAUUAUAGAUUUUUGAUAAUUAUGUUUCAUAAUUAUUGGAAGUUAUCAAACACACUAACUUUGCCUUCAGAAAUUUAAUUAAAUAGUCUAUUGGAAUGUUGUUGGUAUUAUAAACCGAAAUAUUUAAAUUUCGUUGGAUAACAGAACAAAUAAUAAUGAUAUAAUUGCAAAAUUUUCCCUAUGAUAGUGAAUAUAAUUUAUUACAUCAAAUAAAAACUGAUAAAAAUAUUGAUCAGACGAUUCGGUAAAAUAAACGUUGGAUCCGAUGGAAAUGCAAUUGAUAACGUAGAAUUUUGAUGCAAGAUUUGACAAUAGAAUAUUUUGAAACUGUUGAAUUUUGGAAUAUAUAUUAUCAUUUUGAUUAAACAUCGUCAAAUUUCGUAAGACACACUAAUUGACGCUUUAUAAUAAACACUCAGUUAUUAAUGGCAUCCUUGGACCUUAAUGAUUGGAAAUUAUCAUCAUAUCGCCAAUAGAACUCAUCCAAACGGUUUGUUAUAUAAAACAUUGCUAAAACAAAUUAUUCAACUGAAGAUGAAAAUAUAAUAUAAUUUAAUUAAUAAUUCAUAUAGAUAACCAUCGCCCGUUUAUAAACUACAUAUAACAUAAAUAUACCUAGGUGACCUUAUACCAUCACCUUUCAAUGCUACUAAGUCAAUAGUACAACAACUUACAUAAUAUAUACGGUAAUUUUUGGACAGACUUGGUAAAUAUUGCGGUUACACAUAGGCCCAUACUGGCCAGCCGAGCAACUGGACAAAUGUAUUAUGCGCCCUUUACAACAUAUUACAUUGUUAGGUUCAUUUACAAUUUUGGGGAAAUAUUAAACGGGAAGAAUAUAGGUAUAAUUUUACCGAAAAUCCAGAAACACUACUUAAUAAUACGAUGUAGUAUAUUUUUGCAUUUUAUGAUACAUUUCUAAAACAAUACUUAACGACUACCCCCGACGAGUGAUGUUGAAAACGAGCAAGACUAUUUUUAUUUUUAUAUUUAUUAAAAAUACACAAAAUAUAAUCUGGUAGUACCUUAUUUGAAACAUUUUUCGAAAUGUUAAAUGAAAUUUUCAACAGUUUAACCCCUAGGCGGUCCAAAUUUGUUUUUGAAAAGUCAGUCAGUUAUAUAUUGCACGUGUGUUCGUUCGCUUGACCGUUCGCGUUUUAAGUCUCUUUGUGUGCAAAUAUUUUAAGUUUAAAAACAAUGAGUGAGAAACGAAAGCGUGUUGUACUUGAUUUAUCUCAAAAAUUGGAUAUUAUUAAUCGUGUACGAAGGGGAGAAAAUGCAGUAAGCAUAGCACCAAUUUACGAUGUUUGCCCAACAACUAUCUUUAUUAAUAUGUAUGUAUGUAUGUUUAAAUUUUUAUUGCUCGCUUAACCGUCUUUUCGAUUAUCCGUCAAAGCUCUGGUUCCAAGACUGACGGUUAAUCGAGGUUCUACUGUAAUAAGUAUCGAAAUGAAUAAAAAAAUUGUUAGUAAUAUUAAAAAAAUGGACAUACUUCGUACGUGCAGUGUGGGCCACUGUUGUAGGUAAGAAGUUGGGAAGGUAGAGGAGAAAUUUAAUGUUUAUCUGUAUGCAACGAUUAACCAUUGCUAAUGAAAAACGAUUUUGAGCGGAGUUCGGUUAAUAGUGUUGCUAUGCCAACAAUAUAUAUUUCAUAUUAUGAUAAAAUAAUUUCAUAUACAUUAAAUAUUUUCUCUAAUAAUAUUUGUUUAAUAUUGUAUCUAUUGUCUCGUUUUUCCUACGUUUUUUCCUAGUUUUUCCCAUCUAUUAUGAAAACAACCUGGAAAAUCUAAAAUACCACCCCAGUCAGAUUUACAUUCAGAAAAAGUGCUGUCAUUUAAAAACGGAGCAAAAUUGCUGGUAGAAAAGUUGUCACAGAAACAAUGUUUGUAGAUAAACACAAAAAUAAAAAAAUAAAUAUCAUUAUAAAAGCAAUACAUUCCUCGCUUCAUUCAAAAUCUAAAAUUAAGUACCUAGCUACUCGUAUUUAUCAAGAACUAGUUGUAUCAGAAAUCGUUUUUAUGUAUUCUUCUUUUGAUAUUACAGGUAUUCAAUGAGAAUAUAAUUUUUAAGCAUAUCAUAAUUUUUAAAAAGAAUUGUAAAUCGUGUUAAACAAAUCAUAAUGGAAUGCACCUAUUCGUAUAUCAACGUAGUUUAUAGACUUGUCUUUAAAUCUUUACGUUGACAUAGGUAGGUACUCAUAUUACUUAUUGAUAUCCGUUGACACGUCAACGUAAACGCAAUGGGAAUAAUAUUUUACACGUACGAAAUUAUAAUACAAUAGUGUAUUUAGGGGGAGAUUAGGGAGAUUUAUUCUUGGUUUUUUAUUUUACAGAGCUCAGUUACUACCUAAAGUGACAUAAUUUUCCCUAGCCGAUUUGUUAACAUUACAAUAUUUCAUUUUUUUUUUUUUUUUUAAUUCAUCUAAAAUAUUUAUGAUUGCCUGAGUUGCUCACCGGUGUUAAUAUUGUUAAUACUAUUAUAUUAGGUAUAUACUAAUUAAAUUAAAUGUUUAUUUAUUUAUGAUUUAUAUUCAUUGGACACCCAUUAGUCUAUAAUUAAAAAGGUGAUAUACAUUUAAUUAACUAGAUGUAGGAGUAUUUUCAUUAUCAUUAAAUACAUAGAAAUAAAAACUGCUGAAUUAAUAACUACGAAAAUAGCAUCAAACAUAGAUUUAUAAAUAAUUAUAAAAUUUAACUUAUAACUUUUUAAAAUAAAAUAAAUAUAUACUUGAGUACAUAAGUAAUCCAACAAAAACAAUUUUAUCAAAUAUAUAAAGGAAUUAUUUUAUGUAAAUAGACGAUGAGGAUUGGGAUUGCAAGUUAAAACCUUCUAAAGUCACAUCCUUGACAACAAUUUUAUUUAUGUAUACAAAUUUCAAUUCUAUUACUUACUUUGGCGAGCUUAAUCUUGAUGACGAAUUUCCUGCGAAAACGUCCAAUUCAAGCGUAAAAAUAGUGAGGGAAGAGGUUGCUAGUUGAAACUACCCUGGAGAUACAUCCUUGAUACUUACACCAUAUAUAUCUACAAAAUUGCAUCCCUAGCUUCAUUUGGAGGCCUGUAAGAAUGUUAGUGAAGAUCUUAUUGAAAUUCAACAAACACUUUAUAUUACUUAAACCUACCUAUAUAAAAAAUUCUAAUCCCCGAGAGUGAGCUAUAUGAUUCAGAGAGAGCCCCUAAAAGUGUACAAGUUGAUACCAAGAAAAAAAAUAUACAGAGUGCUCACCCCAUUUUUUCGGUUUGUGCAUAUAUUUGGAUUUUCGGAAUUUUUAAGUGUAGUUAAAGCUACAUAUUUAUUAUAUAUAUAUAUAAUAUAUAUUUCGAAUAUUUCGAUUUUUCACAACAUUUAAGGAGUAUCAUGUGAUGAUACCAACUUUGGUUUUCAAACGAAAACCUGUAUUGAAAAUUUCAUAAAUAGACAGAGUAUUGCUUUAAAUAAAUGUUGGUGUCAAAAUUUUUGAUUUCUAUAUCAAUCAGUUGAUGAGAUAUUUCACUUUUAAGUUUAGUUAGAGAGUAAGUAGUAGAGUAUCAUUUGUGUGGCAGAAUGGCAUGCGACAUAUUAUUUAGAACUUGAAUAUAUUCAAAAUUUAACAAAAAAAAUGAGGUGAGCACGCUUAAUAAAUCACUCUGUGUAUAUAUGAGUAUUUAUAAAUACAUAAGAAACAAUACAAUGCAAUAAUCUCUAUUUUGGGGGAAAAUUUGACAACAAAAAUGUGUUACCUAGUCAAUAUUAUAUUAUGUUUAAAAAACUCGAACGUUUUACAACAUUUUCAAGUUUAAAACGAGACUGAUCAGAACAUUCAGAACCACUAUAAUAUGAAGGAUAUUAGAUUAGUUGAUUAGAUUAUAUACCUAUAAAAAACUAAUACUAAGUACUUACUGUAUAGUAUUUGAUUUCAAUUUGUAAUAUUAUAAAUUACUUAUACAAAUAUAUAGCUAACAAAGUAAUUUUUUUUAGACGUUAUACAGUAUGACACAAAUUUAAAAUUCAAUGUCAGUUUCAUCCAUUGUUUGAUAAAACUAUAAAUUAAUUGUAAUUAUUAAAAAAUAGGUAUAUAAACACUACGAUUUAAAAUACGUAAAAGUUUAGAAAUAUCAUCUUGUUAUACGUACGCCUAUACGCCUUUUUUUUUAAAUAUAAUUGGUUUAACCUAAGCAUAAUUAUUUAUUAGAUUUAACUAUAAAAUAAACACAUAGUAUAAAAUAAAUAAUAAAUACCGAUCAAGACUAAAUAUUUAUACAAUUUUCAAAUAAAUCACAACGUAAACACUAUAAACUCCAUUCAUAUUAUACGUGUAAUAUAUUCGCGUAGGAAAAUUAUUAUUUUAUAGUUUAAUAUGCUCGGGUACAUUUAACUGGUUCAAUAUGUGUUUAUUGUAUUGUUUUUAUUUUUUUCUUAAUUUUGUUUUUAUUGUCAAUUGUUUUGAAUAAAAUGUGCUUUGGCAAUUAUUAAUAAUACUAUUAUAUUAAUAUUAUGUAUUAAUAAUAAUAUUUGGCAAUUUUUUUUUUUUUUUUCGGUAAUUUGAUCUACAUUGAAUUACAAUUUAUUCAAAAGACAUGAAAGAUUUAUUGCGCUAAUUAUCCUUCGAGAGUUACAAGUAAAUUCCGGACUACUUAAAUCGCCUGCAAAUCAGGUUAAGACGGGGUAUUUGAACAAUUUUUCAAAUGUCUUUAUUAUUAUGUUGGCAAAAAAAAAAUACGUUAUAUAUUAUAUUAUAUACGUACAUAAUUUAAAAGAGUAAAAAUGUCCACAAAGAAACGUCUUGUAUCUGAUGAAAACAAGUUCAAGUCAUGAUGUACAAGUGCAACGAGUAUAUUGAGUGAGAACUAAACCCAAAGGUGAAUGCUUCGUAUUCCCAUGUUAUUUGUGCGUAAAAAUCGGGUGUCGGUCUCAUACAAAAGCACUUAUUUUUUUUUUUACAAAAUACCAUUCCUGUAUAACGAGUACUUAUAAGAAACGAGACAAUAUAAUAUAUUAGCGACUAUUUCAAGGCACGAAUAAUAAUAUUAUAAUAUGAUCGUAAGGCUAGUUCACACAAUGAUAUAAUUACUACCGUGUUAGUUAGUGCAGCGAUAGUAUACGAUAGUUAAUGAUCACAAGAGACAGGCCCACAUGAUGAUUGAAGACGUUAUAGUAAAUUAAUUACGAAACAAACUUUUGUGAAAGUGUCGUCACGAUAGUAAAAUAGUACGAUAACUAAAACAAUAGCUAAUAAUAAGCUAUUACGAUAGCUUAAUAGUUCUUAUCACCAUAUUCACAUGACGAUAGCCCAUGAUAGUUACUAACACCAAAAGUAUAUAAACUACAGCAUACAAUAUAACAUCAUUAGAUCUCAAAAAGUAUUAAUUGUUUUCGGAUAUUUUUUUUGUUGAACCAAUUUUAGAAACAAGCAGCUCUAAAAUGUUGCAUUAUCAUUAUUUUUCAUCACUCUUAUGUUUGGAGAUGAAACCACUAUCAUAUUUUAAUUUUUAAACGACAAUGUAUUUAUUAAAAAUUCCAUAAAUAGAUAAAGUUUGAGUUUAAAUAUAUUUUGGUGUUCAAAUUAUUUCCGUCAAUCCAUCGACAAGAUAUUCUACUUUUAAGUUUGUUAUUUUGUGGAUAAAGCGAUAGUAGUGGAACUCUAUGUAAUGAGACAUAUUAGAGUUACUAUUUUAUAUUAAAUUUUCCAAAAAAAAUAAUUCCGUAAAAAGUUAAUACUUUCUGAGAUAAUGAGUAUCUUAUAUUGAAAACCCUAUGUAGUAUGUAUAAGACCUAUCGUUUAAAUAAGUGACAGCGUAAAAUUAUAAUAGAAUUCAACUUAUGAAUGGAAAAAAAAAAUUGGACACCUAGUCGUCUCGGCGAUUAAUUUCGAUUAGGUGUAUUAUCAUAUUCAAUGAAAAAUUGUGUUGUCAGUGAUCUGAGUAUGUGGUACCUACACGUCUCGAAAACAAAAUCGAAUAUUUUAUUGUAGUUUAAUAUAUGUGUAUUAUAAUUUGGAUAUUUAUUUUUCAUGAGUCAUUAGAUCAACUAAAUAAUAAUACAAGUACUCAUAGAUACAUAUCGUUUAAUUAGUCACGUCAAAUAAAAUCCUAAACAUAUACGUGGAUUAGUCUUAGUUUUUUUUUAUAACCGAUCAUUUUUUUUAAAGCUUACUCACAACGCGUACAAUGUACAUGACUAUCAUUAAGGCUAAGGUAUUUGAUUUAUAGAGUACUUAGCUUUAAAUCAUAUAUAAAAAAAAACUUCUACUUUUACUGCGAUAUAAUAAUUAAUAAUGGAUUUUAAUACGAAAUAUUUAACGAAAAUUUAGUUUUUUUUGGCGCUUUAAUAACGCAUAUAAUAAUAAUAAAAACAGUGUUUUUAUUUUUUUAUUUUUGAAUUCCGUAAGAUUUUAAAAAUAGUUUAUAAUUUAUGAAUUUCCAGCUUUCUUGAAUGUAUUUAAUCCCUCAGAUUCGUUAUUUUCCACGUAUAAAAGACUUAAUGAAUGCCAACAUAAAUAUACACAAAUUAAGCAAAAUUGGGCAAGUUUUUAAUUAUUUGAUCACAAAUAUUAAAGUUCCUAGGGUAAAAAGGAAAUAGUUAUAUAUAAUUAAUUUUGGAGUUACACCUAUUAGCAUGAUAUGAAUAACGGAUUUGAUUUUUUUUUUUAAACUCUGAUUAAAUUACAACUAUUUUUGUGUAAUACUCGUGGGUAUCAUUAAUUCAUGUUUAGUAUCACACAUAAUACAUCUAUGAUCAAUAUAAUAGUUAUAUAAUUAUUAUAUAUUAUUAUAGGGGUGUUAUAGUAUUUUUUUUUUAUUUUAAAAUAUUUAUAUACUUGCACUGCUCUUAUAUACUAAUGGACAUUUUAAAAUUUUAUUUGGACGAAAUAAUAUCACUCCUUCGAUAAUUUUUUCAAACAUUUUUUUAAAAUCACGGUGGGGUAGAUAAGAACAAUAAAGGUUUAAAGUCUAUAUCGGGGGAGUUUUCCUUUUCAUACGAUGAGCAAUAUUAUACUACGUUUUAUGCUUUUGUAAUAAUAAGUCCUCUUUAUAUAUUGUUAUUCUUGUUUUGUUUAAAUUUUUGACCAAAAAGUUAUACCAGAAACGAGCGAUUCUUGACGGAUAUAUUAUUGUAUUAUAAUGUAUUGUACAUUAUGUUAUUAUAUCGGUUAGCCGAACAAUAUUUAAUAAAAACACGAUGCAAACUACAUAUAUUGGCGUUUUGGACGUUUGUGGUUGAUUUAUACGUUUCGAGGGGCCACGCAAACUAGUGUCGUGACAAAUGAUAUCCAUUGUCGGUCAGUUUCCCUCGUCGCCGCCACUGCGGGAGCUACUAACGCUACUGUGUUUUCUUUAUUAAACCGAACUUCCUUUUUUUCCAUAGAGUUUUUAAACCAACCCUCACAUCCCAGACGACGUGUUUAUUGUCACGGUUUAUGGUUCGCUGGGGUCACGACUAUUACGCUUUUCAGCUGUUCCAAUAUCAUAGCAUUUACACAUACCGUUUUUACAAAUGAACACUGGAAAAUGACUAAUGGGUUUUACAACGCGAUCAUCACUGCAAUAGGUUACCUUACAAUACUCGAGACGAUUUUUAUUCGUAUUUUAUAUUAAUAUAUAUUUAACGUAUGGGUAACAAUAGUUAUAACAAACCCAAUUUACAUAUUUUAGAUUCGAAGUAUAUAUUAAAAAAACUAUUGGUUUUACUAAAAUAUUUUGUGAUUUUUUUUUUUUCUUGGAAAACAAUUUUUUGGUUUGUAAAAACACUAUAUAUAUUAUAUGACAGAUAAAUCACAUCAUACUUUAAAAGAUUAAAAGAUGCGGUAUCUCUGGUAUCUAUUUACCGAAGAGGAGGUGGCAAAUAUCACGGAGUUCAAUUUUCAUGGUUACACUAGUAGUACUUUAUUUUAAAAAUAUGUUUAAAUUUCCGACAUUUUUCCAAACAAAUUAAAACAAAAAAAAAAUUACCUACAUAGGUUUUAGUUUUUUUGAUAUAUAAGGUUUAACUGGGUUAUUUUGGUUAGGUAUAUAAGAGAAAAAUACUAUACUAAUACUAUAAAUCCUUGUCGAUUUACCAAGCUCCGUUCAGAGUAGAUUUUUAUUUGCAGUGAGAAAUCAUUGCCAAUACAGUAUAUAAAAAAUAGUAUAUAUAAACAAAUCACAUUAUACACUUGCAUAUUAAUUUCUCAAUUUCACAUCUAUACAACAACAGUUGCCUACCCAAUUAUGCGAUGUAUGCCCGCCCUUUUUAAUUUAAUUUUUUGCGCGCUUUACAUAAUACAUUAAUAUUAUAAGUACCUAUAUACCCGUAAUCAUAUUAGGUCAAUAUUGAGAGGUUUCGUAAUUUGUUACUGUUUAAUUUUUUUUCAUCGGAUGAAUAAUAGACGCCCGCAGAGUGGCAUAUUCCGGUGUUACCGUUGCGGGCGCAUAUAUACUUAGACAAACUAUGAUCGAGCAACGAAAUUUACAUUUUACAUGUUUCACAAGUGAUCGCGUCAUGAAAUGAUGUUUAAUCUAAUCGCCGCCGCCGAUUGUCCAUACACCGAGAACGUUUCAAGACCGUUAAAAUAACACGUAAUCUAUUUUUAAACCAUGAAAAUCGUGAACGUGUUAAAAAUCACGCAUAGCAGCGUGAAUAGAUAUAUAAUAUAAUAUAAUUAUAUUAAUUGUUUUAAUACGAUUGAGACGUGCAAUUUUUUUAGUCUUUUUGAAAAUAAUAAAUCUCCUUGAAUUCGUAAAGUUUGUUUUUAUGAAACAAAAUAAUUCAUGUCGGCCGAACAACAACAAAAAAAAUACAUGCGUAUGCAAAUUACAAAAAAUAACUAUAUAAUAUGCAUUAUAUAUAUUAUAGGAUUUCGAUUUUAUCUUGAUAAAUUUCAAAAUUUAACAUCGAUUUCCAAUAUAUUGUCAUACAUUUUUCAUUAAAAACAAAUCUUGCAGUUUGUGUCAAUGUUGUGCGCAUGUUUUUUUCUUUUGGCGGCAAAAUAAAAUAGCCAAUUAAAUAUUUGUUUAAAAAAAUACAUUUUGGCACUCGGAUGUUUUCGUCUGUUGAAUAAUACAAGCAUAUAUAUAUAUAUAUAUAUUUAUAUAUUAUUCGAACACGCGCUAACGAGUGCAUUUUUGACGCGUAUAAAGACGAUUAAUUGUAAAUAUUAUAGCACAAUGAUUCUUUUCCUAUCGACAUACUAUAAAUAACAAUAAUGUUAUUCUUUUGAUUUGUAAUUUAUCGAACAGUUGCUAUUGUUUUUCAUAUUAAAAGAAUCCUACCCUAACUCGUAUAAAAAUAAAUGAAAUAUGUAAAUUGUUUUGCACCAUGAAUAGAAUGUUUGAACGUUUGGAAAGUAUACAGGGUACAGUGUUAUUUAGUUCACGGUUAUCUAGUAAAUAAAUUAUAUCAAUCAAAACCUAUUCUGAGCGGAACUUGGCAAUCUAAUGAGAUACCUAUAUUAGUCGUGUUUGUUCCCUUGUAUAAUAAUAUUCAAGGCAAUCCAAAAAUUAAUAAUGAUUAAACCAAUGUAUCCGUAAUUUGUUGUCAAACUGUGUUUAUUUUUUAGAUCAUCUGAAACCAAAUAAAAAUUUCAAAUAUAUCUACGUAUUCUGCGCUACACUUAGAAUCUAAACAAUUAAUAUAAUAUGAGGCAAUUUUUUUAUUUCAUUAAAGGAUUUUUUUGUUAAUAAUUGAAGAAUGAAUUAUCGAAACAUUCGAAACAGACAAUAAUGUCACAGUUUAUAAAAGUUAAAGUUAAAACAAUACUAUAUAUUAUAGUAUCCUCUUAUAUUGUAUUUUAAAAUGUCAUUUUUGUUUUAUUUAUUCAAAUGUGUUACUGUAUAUUAUAACAUAUAUAUGAUAUACAUAUUUUACCUAUACCACGGAGAAUGCACAUUAUAUAUAAUUACUAUAACGACGACGUAGUUAACUAUGUAAAUCCAUCGAAAUUGUUUUACAAUCGUUAGAAAAAUAAUUAUUUUGUGGCUUUGUUUUCUUUCUUUUUCUGUGUUAAAACUUUAGUAGGACGUAUUUUAAUUUUGUUUAAAUACUCUCAAUAAAACAUCGAUAAACUAUUACUGCAAGUUUUUUUUAAUAAGUAAUAUUGACAAUAUCAUGAUCAUGUUUUGGGACUUACAGCACUUACUUAUUUUUGUUUUGUUUUAAUCUAGCAGAGUGCUAUAGACAUUUAUGCCAAAUUACAACUGAUUUUACAAAUAUGAAAUUUGAAAGUGCUUUUUUUUCGCUGAAUUCAAUAGUUUUUUAAAAAAAAUAAACUAAUCUAAAAAAAAACUUGGCUUUUUGAAUAUUUUCUUCUUUGUGAUUACAUAAGUCAGUGAUGAAAAUCUAGAAAUUUGUCCAUUAUGAUUUUUAUCAUGAUAAUUUUGCUUUUGUAUAUUCUAUAACCCAACGGAUAUUUGUUUAUUUUUGUUAUUUCAUCUACUUGUCACAUUGACAAUCGCAUUAUUACGCAAUAUAAUUCGCGAGUUAUUUAUUUACAUCUAUUACACAAAUUGAAAUAAACGAACUUCAUUUUUGUUAUCUUUCUCAAAUUUUUUCAAUAGCAUGUUAAUUUUAAUUAUUAUUUUUGUGAUACAAAAAGCUUGUUAGAUUUUCUAUACAAAAAUUAUCUCUUUAUUAUUCUUUUGAAAACGUUUCCCAAGACUUCCAGUCCUUUCGCUACAUUCCCUUUUUCCUAUACCUAUCAAGGCCUAAUCUAAAAAAAUAAUAGUCCAUUGCACUACUUACUGUGAGCCCUUUCUAAAUAAAAAGUAAUAAUUGGUUAUAUACAAAGUUAAGUGGGAUUUCAAACCAUUGCAUUUUCAAAAUCCAUUUUAAGAGGAUUGAAAUUUGAUUCUUAAAAUCUACUUCAAGGGAUUUCGCCCAUCUCUAAUUAUUUAUAUACAAACUGACGAGUAAAUUCCAAGUAAAUUGACGUUAAACAAAGAUUUAUAUAAUAACGUAAACCUUUUUUUUGUUUUUUAAGCAUCAGGUUCGAAUAACUAUCAUUCAUAUCAUGUAUGUAUACAUUGUAUAUAGACAAAUGAAACCUCUUAAACCAUCGUGCUAAGCCAUGUAAUUACAUACAUAUUACAUUUGAGUAAAAUGAAUUAAAUAAAGAAGUCACUUGCGGUAUACCUAAAUAUAUUUCAAUAACAUAAUAAUACGCCUAUAAAUACCGAUUCCCUGCGCUACUAAAUAACUUUUGUAUGCGGGAGGAGAGAAGGGUCAGUAUAAAAUAAUUUCCUUUUGAGAAAGUAUUUUUGAAUCUGCAUACAAAGUUGUAUAGAUUAGUUAACGUUAAAAUACCAAUGAGCAGCAGAUUACCGUUACUAGUAUCGAAUUGCUCCCCUAAUUAUUUUGUAUAAUAGAAAAAUUCUUUGCAAAACAAUGUAAACCUGAAUACUAUAAUAAAUAAUAAUACAAUUUACACUACUACACUUCACCAUAAUAUUAUGUUACUUCCAGUUAUUUAUGAAAUAUAUAAUCAUAAUAAUGGUAAGGGUGAGAAUUUAAAGUUAAAACUCUUAAUAGGCACAUUCCCGAUACUAACGCCUAUACAAAACUGCACCCUCUAACUUAGACCGGGGAUCUGUAUAGUGGUGUACAAGAUUAAAAAAACACCCUUCUACAGCAAAAAAAUGAUUAAAUCAAACUAAAUUUUUAUCACUUCAGUCCACUUACAAAACAAAUCGUCCCUAGUUUGAGCUCAUUUGGUCUAAAUAUGAGGGAACCCCAAGAAAUUUCCAAAUAUACAGUAUAUUCAUGUUUCCAAGUAGCAUUAAAUAUUUCAACUGGAUAACCUUGUAUAUAAAUUCCAUUUACGAUGAUAAGGGAUACUAAAAUACAUACUAGAGGAUAAACUCCGAAUUUCUAAUUCUUCGGUGCAUACAUGCGCAGUGCAUAUUACUUUUUUUGAAUUUAAUAAUACAUAUAACUUUAGCACUAAAUUCGAAUAGUACCAUUAUUUUCAAGCACUUUGAUCUAUGCAAUUUCUUUUAUCUCAAAAAAUGACCUAAAAUACAGUAAUCGGACAGUUUAUUUUAUUACCACCUAUGACCUAUGACCUACCAAAAACGGAAUAUAAAUCCGAGGUCGUCUGGCCAAAAUAUUUAGUGUUUCCUGAAAAUGUGAACAUACUGUAUAUAAUAAUAAAACUUGAUCAAAAGGUAAUGGACUCCCCCCUCUAGGAAAAAACGUAUCUGAUUUUAACUGUAAUAUUAUGUUCUUCAUAAUAUGGAAAUUAUUUAUGGUGAACGAUCCGCUCGAUUCGUAUACGCAAUGAAAAUGAUCCCUAAAGGGGUCAUUUCAGAUAGUAUGCUUUAUAGGUACGUUUCUCGUGAGUCUCGCGGUGUCUUCGUUAUAUAUAAUAACGCGUAUAGGCCUACAGGUAUACCUUUCUAUUUCUCUUCCUCUCGAUCUUCGUGUCCUCCGCAAUAAUGGCAUAACGAGUUUAAAAUUAAUAUGAUACCGAGUGAAAAUUUUUUUAAAAAUACUGUACGUAUGAUGAGCUAUAAUAUAAGCUUACGAAAUGGACUGCACGAAAAAAAAAACGAUCCUUAAGCCUAGAGGGAGGAGUGUAAAAUAUAGUGUGCACACAAACACGUAUUAUAUUAUACGAUUUACCGGUACGACUGUACGGUUAUUACCGUGCACCCGGUAUAUACAUAUAUAUAUAUAUAUUAAUAUAAUAAGACACGGAUCACAUUAGAUUUAAUACGAUUCGCCGACCACCCAUUAAGACGGAAGCGACGGAAGCGUUAUUAUUAUUAUUUUUUUGUUAUAUUACAAUACCAUCAUACAAUAAUAAUAAAAAUGACAUAUUAUUCAAUAUACGCGGCGGCGGUCGGACGGCCCGAUAAAAUAUGAAUGCAUUCUCCGGCACUUUGUCGGCGCGCCGUUUGCUGUACAAAAUACGACCGCGUAUAUUAUCAUUAUAAUAAAACUUAAUAAAAUAUUAUAUGGUAUUAAUAUUAUAUGAUAUUAAUAUUAUAUUAAGUACCUAUGCACCGUCCCGAAUGUACACGGAAUAAUAUACAAUAUAUUUUUGUCCACGCGUAACAUAAAUGUGGUAUGAGAAAACAUUCGCCGACAGUGAAAAUUUCUGAGAGAGAGAUACUGUUGUAAAAUUACGGUGCGCAUAAUUUUUUCUGCACGCGAGAUACGGGCCUAUAAAAACGUCGCGGAGGCAAUCGAUACCGCCGACCGUCAGAAUCGAGAACAUUCGAUAAAUGUUUUUUUUUUUUUUUUUUUUAAUGAUUUCCGAGAUACCGUAUGCAUUUGUGUCACAAUGUGUACGUAUAUUGUAUAAUACAGGGUGAUCGACAUAAGGUAAACCACUCCAUAAUCUCGGAAAGUAUUCACUUUUUUCGGAAAAUUUGUUUUUAAGAUCAUUCAUGAAAUAAUAAGUUGCUCUAAAAUGUCACAUUGUGUUUAGUUCUUUUUCGCCCUUAUUUUUUGGGGCGGAACAGUUUCCUAAUUUUGAUUUUCAAAAUACAACCUAUAUUAAAAAUUCCAUAAAUAGAUAAUGUAUAAACUAUUGUAAUUUAUAACAAGGACACCUUGCUUGUAUUAUCUUAAUAUUUACAGUCAUACUUAUUUUUUGAAACAUACAUAAAUGUAUUUAUAUAGACUUAAUGAUUCAUUUAACUUAAAACACUCAUUUUUUUAGGGUCGGUAAAGAGUAGUGGAUUACUAAUAAAACGCCGUGCUGCCACAUAAAUUAUACACCACUACUAGCUUCUCGCUGCGCCGGAACUUAAAAAUGAAAUAUCUCAUCAAAGAGUUGACGGAAAUCAGGAAUUUCAACACCAACAUUUUUUUAAACUAAUAUUUUAUCUAUUUCUGGAAUUUUUAAUAAAGAUUGCCAUUUUAAAAUCAAAUGUAGAUGGUUUACCCCCUAAAUAAGGGUGACAAUAAAAAAAGCAAAGUAACAUUUUAGAGUUAUUUAUUUCUUAAAUAUUCUAAAAUACAAAUUCCGAAAAAAUUCCAAGAUGUUACAUUAGGUCGAUUACCCUGUAUAUCGUUCGAUGGCUGCAGGGACAGGGUGGUGUACUUAUUAUACUUCACUAUAUAUAUCGUAAUUUCGUCGCGGGAAAUCGCAGAUACCUCGACUAAUUUUUACGACCCUGUACACAUAUUACAAUAAAAACACACGGUUACGUGUGACCGAGAAGAUUGAAAAGGAGCGCAGUUAAAUCCUUCUGAGAAUAUUUUUUAAAAUUGUUUAUUAUCAUUAUUUUUUUUUUUAAGCUACUUAUUAUAGUUUUUUACGACGACUACAAAGGUAUAUAAAGUUAACAAUCCAUACAAUUAUACGGCAAUUUAUUUUAUAAUAUUUAUUCGUUUAUUUUUCUUUUAUUUUAGACACUAACUGUUGCUUUUCGACGACUAUAUUAUAUUUGUGCAAAAAAUCAAUCAAUUUUUCUGCCUUGGUCUUCAAUUUAUCGAUUGAUUGACUGUAGCUCUCAAUGCUUCACUGUCAAAAUGCAAAAUUUUAACGUUUGGUAACUUCUCAUUUCGUGUCUUUAAGCAUUUGUAGUAUUUACUCCAUCUACGCCGCUCUUUCUCGUACAAUUUUAUCAUCUACGAAUUAAAGGAUUUAUACAUAAUUAACAUAAUUAUUAACACAUCUAUACCGUUAAUAUGACGAAUGUGAAUUUUUAUACGUUCGAUUAUUAUUUUCUUUUUACGUUUAUAACUUUUUGAAUAUACUCGUAUAUGAGUACGGUCAUAUUCAGAGACGUGUAUAUAUAAAUACGCACAUUGCAUACUUUUGUAUGUUCGAAAUAAUUGUUUAUUCCGGAUACAGCCUAAGCAAAAUGCAUUCAAAUAUCCGAGCUCCCUAAAACAAUAGGAAUAGUGGUAGCAAUAAAAAAAGCAUUAAGUACAGCGAUAAUUGUCGGGCAAUAAAACUAGUCUUUAGUUGUAUUUUCCCACCGUAUGUUCUGUGCUUAUUUAAUUAUUAAUUGCAUUUUUCAUCACUUGUAUUGCAAUUCAUAGUAAAACCCAUAUCAUUUUAAUACUCGAUUCGUCUAGACAAUUUAUUUAUUUUUGUGUAACACGUGAAUGAAAAUAAAUUAAAAUUCAAAAUUCCAUUGUAAAAAUCAACAAUAUCAUAAAAUGUGUACCACUAAUACAUCAGUGGUAAAAAUAAAAUUCAGGUUUUGAUUUUUUUCAUUGUAUUAGAUUCUGAGCAGAGCGAGGAACGCAUAGGUUUUACAAUGAUGUUUAUUUUUUUUUCUGUUAACAACUCACGUACUUUAUUUGCUAGGUACUCAGUGGAUAUAAUUUCUCGACUAAACAGAAAUGCUUGAAAAUUAGACAAUCAUUAUAAGUCGUACUUAAUGAUCAUCAAAAAAAAAAAAAUUAAGUGUACUGUUUACAAUUUUUUUUUUUUAUUAGAGUUUAAAUUAAAUUUUGAUAAAAAUCGUAAAUAUUCCGACCUUUCAAAACAUGUAUAACAGAACUCUGCUCGGAAUCGUUUUUCGUUAGCAAUGGUUAAUUGUUGUUUACAGAUAUACAUUAAAUUCUCGUCUACAUCAUACCUUCCCAACUUCCCAACUACAAUAGUGACUGCACCGUUCCCAUUGUCAUAGGAAAGUUUUUUUUUUUUUGCAUCGCUAAAUUUCAGUUUAGCUAAAUUGUGUACUACUCGAGUAGUCAAAAAAAUAUUGUUACUGUAUAGGCGAAACGUCGCGUCGCCAAGUUUUUUUUCGCGUUCAUCACAUACACGAAAUCAUUUAUACCAAGAUGUUGGACUAUACAGAAAAGAAAACGUCUAUUAUUCAUACUACGUAAUCAUUAUAGUCAGCUCACAUUAAAAAAUAUUAUAUACAUAUGUUUUAAAAAUAAAUAAGUAUAUUAAAAAAACAUAAUUUAACAGUAUGUAUAUAAAGUACUAACGUUGUGUAUCUAUUAGUUCGCUCACGUUAUUUGUAUGACGAUGAUACAUAUUAUAUACUUAUACCUACUUAAUAACGAUGUUAACAUGGUAUAAUCAAUUUUUUUCUUGCAUCAGUUAAUUUCGUGAAACAUGUUUCGUAUUUUUGUGUAAUUAUACAUCUUCAAAAAAAAAAAAAUUAAAAAUUCACGUUAUGCAUAUUUUAUUUUUAUUCUUAGGAAACUAAAAUAUGUUUGUUACAAAAUCAUUACCUAUGUCGAUAAAAAAUGUACGUUACGAUAAUUAAUGUACUUAGAUAGGUUUACCUACUAUAAUAAUAUAGAAAUACCAUUAUUUAUAGUUUAUACGGGGUUGUCAUUUUAGGGCCGAUUUGCGUACAGUCGUAAAAUCACGUGCACUGAAAUAAACCACCAGAAGAAGCUGAUGCAGUAAAAAAAAAAAACCACUGUAAAUGCCACUUUUUAGGUUUUUUAAACAUUUUUUUACUAUACACAUUGUUGGCUGUAUUUCAGCUGCAGUUUUAGAUCGCUACUACUACUGCAGAAGCCGAAAGACUCUUUGGCACCGAACCAUUUUUUUUUUUUUUUUAAGCUGACUGUCGAUAUGAAAUUUAUUUAUUAUAAUAAUGGAUUAAAGUUUAUUUGGGAAAAAAAACGGAUACUUACAGCGAGUGAUUCAUAUAUAUGUCGAACACACACUCGUCUGUGAUGCGGUCAUCUCGAUUCGUUCGGGACCCGGAUCAUUAUUAUUGGUAUGGUAUUAUAUGGUACGCGUUGGAAUCGUUAAAACAUUUUAAACCCUAAACGAUUUUUUUACUGAAACUAUAUUGUUUUAAACAACUGUUUGUGUUGUGUUUCUUCUCGCACUUUUUUCGGUUUUUCGCUCGUUUCUUGGCAUCAGACUAAGAAAACCCUUUUAUCCCUGCAAGACAAAUUUAAAACCAUAAAAACUAUAUUUAUUAGUUAUUAGCCAGUAGUGUAAUGGUGUAGUGGAGAGUACACGCCGUGUACCUACUUCUCAUUUAUUCAAAAUAUGCGUACUUAUAUGCAAUAAAAAAAAAAAAAAAAACGUACAUUUUAUGUAUAAUAUUUGUUGGACUAUUCUAAAUUGUAUCAUUAAAAUUUGUCUAAAAAUGUAAUGAAUAAAGACUAAUAUAACUAAUUUAUAACUAAUAUUUUAUAACAUAAUUUGUAGGUUGUUAUACGAAUGAGCGUGGACUUUUAUGUAAUUUAGAGUUUAUUAAUAAAGAGGUUCUAAAUAAAGUGUUAUUUUUUUUUUUUUUUAGAUUUGGGGUGCAUAGUGAGGGGUAUAUUGGUUUUACUAUUGGUUUUUUUUUUUUUGUAUUUUUCUAUCUGUGAAUAAUUUUUCCACCAGCAAUCUUGCUCUGAUGUAUAGAAUGUAGUAUCUUUUCUGAAAUGUAAUUUUCUCUGGUUGGUGCAUUUGGAAGGUUAAUUUUUGAUUUUUUAAGGGGUUUUUAAAAUAAUUUGCAAAAACCCGAAAAAAAAUUAUUCGUUAAACAGCAAAUAUUUACGGCGCGUCGUGGCCGCGGCGUUACUAAUUUCAUUGUUUUUAAUUUUUACAAACUAUGUUUUCUACCAAAAACAUUGUUCCAAUCGAAUAAUAGAAAAAUAUCGAAUUUUUUCCUUUUAAUAUACAACCAUUGACAAAGAUCGUCGUUUUUUAAUAUCUAAAGUAGUUUUUAUAAUAAUUAGGGAAACCCUAAAAAGACGAAAAAUACGAAUAUAUUUUUUUACCAGAAAUUUUUAUCCGAAUUUCAAAAAUACUACAUUUUUUGAAGGAAUAUUUUGUCUAGUUUAUGAGUAAGAAAGUCGUUUGAUUUUCCGUAUAGUUUUCCUAAUAAUUACUGAAAACUGGAAAAUAACGUAGGAAAUUCGGAAAAGUGUACAUCAUUUUAAUUUGUUGUUGUAAUACGGUUAAAAAAUACUGCCUGUAGUUUUUACAAAAUACAUAUAUUGUCGUUUUGUAAACGUGGUCAAAUUUUUAAAACAUUCUAGCUAUUUAUAGUUAUUUUCGUGUUUUCAUAUAUAUUUGACUAUGAUUAUACGAACUAAGAGAAAUGCUUGAAAAUUUAACAUAACAUGCAUUAUAAAUUAUACUUAGUGGCCUAAAAAGUUCAUUUGAGUUUAAUACAUACGUUUUUUUUUUCACGAGCGUUUUAAGAUCAAAUUUUGACGAAAAUGGUAAAAAUUAGGGCAUUUAAAAAUAUUUCUUAUCGAAAUUCGCUCCGAAUCGUUUUACGUAAGCAAUGGUUUAUCUUUGUGUAUAGGUAUAAAUUAAAUAACUUUAUGUAUCCUGCCUUCCUAAUUUUUCACCUACAACAGUAACUGCACCCGUCCCCAGUAUCAGCUCUUUUUUUACGUUAAACCUAUGUACGAUAAUAUUUAAUUUUACUUCUAAGAUUUAGGUCAAGUUAGGUUAGGUAAUAAUGGUGAAUUUAUGUACCGAGACUGCGACUUCAUAUGGGAAAUUUUAGAGCUACUGCAACGUAAUCAUAAUAUUAUGAUUUUUAGAAAUUGCAUAUCUUUACUUUGAAGUAAAUGUUAUGUGAUGGAACUUUGUAAAGUGGCCACUUUAUUGCAACCGAGAUUCCGUGUAUAACUUAACCCAGCCAUAAGGCCACAGAUAAAAUAAUACGUAUAAUAAUAAUAAUAAUCUUUACAUUAAUCAGGUCUGGAAUACAUGUAUAUAGGUCAAACAUAUUUAUAAUGAGUAUCGCCUGUUAGCGCCAAAAAAAAAAAGGUUAAUCGUUUUCGGUGCAACCCGUUUGGGUCAAAAUAAAAAAGGUACAUUUUUCCAAUUGCCCGUUUGCACCAAAUUUACUUGCGUACAUUACACGAUUACAUAAUUACGUAUAUUACUCGAAAGUUUUUUUAUUUUAUUUAUUUAUAAGUUAUUUUAUGUUACUUUUUAUCUUUAAUUUUGAUAAAUCAAUACGGAGUUUUAUUAAAACGACCUUUAUUUGAUAGACAAUUAAACAUGGUAGUAUAUUUUAGAUUUCGAGCUACGCGAGAAAUGUAUUGAUUUUACAAUAAUGUUAAUUUUUUUUUUUACGUAAUUUUUAUUCGGUAGAUAUUCUAUGGAUAAAAUUAUGAGACCAAACAGAAAUGCUUUAUAAUUUGGAAAAAGAUUAAUUUAUUAUAAGUCAUACAUUGUGGUAAAAAAAAAAAAAAAAAUUGAGUGUAAUGUAUAAUUUUUUUUUAUAAGAAUUUUAAUAUCAAAUUUGGACGAAAAUCGUAAACAUUACGGCCUUUCAAGACACGUAUAACCGAACUCCACUUAGAUUCGUUUUUCGUUAACAAUGAUUAAUCAUCGCGUACAGAUAUAGGUACAUUAAAUCCUCCUUUAUAUCCUACCUUUCUAACUUAUGACCUACAACAGUUUGCGCGAAGUAUGUCCGUUUUUUUAUUUUUGACGCUUAAAUAAUUAUGUAUGAAACUAAUUUUAAUAUUACAAAUAAAAGUUUUUCAAUAAUUGUUAAUAGUAUACAAAUUGGUUUAAAUAAAUAAUAAUAAGUUGUUAAGUAUUCACAUUUUUUUUUGAACAAAUUUUAAUGAAUACAAUUUUUUUUUUAAACAACCUAUUCUUUUUGCAAUUAAAUGUCAUUAUUUUUGCAUAAUAUUCAUAGCGUGUUCAUUUGUUUAUGUUUUUAUAGUUUUUCAUUUGCUUUUAAAGUUUUUUAGUCAGAUUUUAGUCUGUGCAUUUUUUGAAUGGUUGGGAAUAUUGUUUAUACUGUUAUUGAUUUUAAUAUCAACAUCCGUUUGAACGAAUUUGAUUAAAAAUUUUUUAAAAUGUAAAAAUAUUAGAGUGCGAUUUAUACAAUAUUGUUGGUUAAAGUGAUCAUGAAAAGAUUCACAGUUGUCAGUGGUUCUUUUUUAAUCCGCAGCAAAUACCGCUCAAAUGUUUAAAUCGGAAUACUCUCUGAUGUACAAGUUGUUAUCUAUUAAAUAAUCCAUCUUAUCCGAUAACGCAGUGCAUUUUACAACAUUAGAAAACUGUUACAAAACUUGUUUUUAGUCUGUGUACACGAUAAUAAACACAAUAUUAAAAUCUACAGACAGUGAUACAAAUAACUUGAUUAAUAGUAAUAUACGUAAUCGUAUAAUAUAAUUUUGUUGCAAAAAAAAGGCGCUUUUUUUAUUUUGAUGCAAAUGGGUAAUUCCCGUUAUAUUGUAGUUUUAUACGUGGAAGCGUAUUUUUGAAUUUCUCGGUAUACCCAUCUGCGGGUACGGUCCAAAAUAGUAGGUCGGGUUUUUUGGCAUAAAAAACAAAUUCGUGAUAAUUGCCGUUUUUUUCCUAGAAAUCGCGGUUGCUUAUAACGCGAUUUAAGUAAAUGUGUAUAAUAAUAAUAUUUAUUACGACCUUUUUUUUUUAUAUAUAUAAACAUAAAUGUGCCUCAUCAAUUAUUAUAAAAAAAGAGUGCGGCGAUAACAAGAAAGGUCACCUGUUGACUACGUCUACGAAUUUUUCUUCGAUCUGUUUGAUAAAAUAAAAUAAUAUCAUAAGAUUACUGUAAUAACAAUAAUAAUAUAAUAUUACUGUAAUAAUAAUAGUAUUACUGUUGCCGCACACAGAUAACACGAGAUGUAAUUCUCAUUUAUGCGCCGCAGCGCCACCGUUUAUUCGGAAUGACACAUCACGAAAGGUUUCACGCUACAAUAAUAAACUAAACAAACCGAAUCACGUCUCGUUAAAUUUAAACGUUAAGACAUUACCUAUAUUAUGCAUCGAAGACUAGAAAGUAGAAAUACUACGAUUUCAGGGGCUGGCAGAACUUUUAAUAAUUUUUAAACAUACUUAAUUCUUAUCUAUGAAUUUAAUUCGCCAUCUACUAGAAAAAAAAAAUGUCUAUUUAAUUGUUAGAAAUAUUUUGAACAUGAAUAUUGAUAUUAAAUAAUGUUUAUUUUUGUAAAUUAUUUAUCGCUGUUCUUAAAUUAUAAAAAUAUCCCGGAAUUAACCAAAUAUCAUUCAAACAUAGGUAAAUGGGCAAAACAACUUUACAUUAUAUUAUAUAUUAAUAAGUAUUUAUAAUAUUUUCAACACGCUCCCCGUGAAAAGGAAUCGGAAUACUCCCACGGUAUCUACCUGCGUAAGAGACGACAAAUGUAGAUGCGUCAGGUCGACAACCGAUGUAAAAUUCUGUCAAAUAGUAUAUAAGAAGUUCUAAAAAAAAAUUUAGCAGAUUGUCCUGUCUCAGAUGUACGCGGGGACAACAGGUGAGAGAAGGUAUCAUGGUGCAUGAUGUUUUACAGAUGAUGAUGUAGCUUUAAUAGGAGACAAUAUGGAAUAAGUUAACAGUAGGCUUGAGGAAUAGAGAGUAGCACUUGAAUCAAAGGGACUAAGUAUAAGUAAAAGUAAAAAAGAGUAUGAGUUUGGAGAAAUAGGACAACACAGCAAGCGACAAUACACAGUUAUAGGCGAGGUUGAGAGUUUUAAGUACCUAGGAUCUUUUGUACAAAAGAGCGGUAGCUUUCAUGAACAUGUGAAACGUGGGAUUACGUGUGGUUGGAUAAAAUGGAUAGAAGUAAUUUGUUUAAUUUGAAUAAAGUGGAAUAUUUUGUUUAGGUUGACUUAAAAAUACUUUUAAAUUAAUUUAUUAUACAUUUUUAUAUACUCGUAGACAAAGAAAAUUGUUAAAUAAUUUGACAAAGAGCUAGUGGUCUAUGUUCUAAAAACGGGGCUUGUAUUUUUAUUUGCUAGGGGCGCCUUUUAGGUUAUUCCAGCCUUGUUUGUCAUCACUUCUCUCCCAAACUACUUGAAAAAGAAUCACAAACCAUAUACGUUUUUACAACAGUGCAGGAAGGUUAUAAAAAUAAUUUUACAACACAGAUUACAGGGAAGAUAAUAUAACACCUACUCAUAAUAGUAGCAGUAAAAUACAAUUAUUAUACGAGUUAUUACUCGUCGGCGAUCAACUAUUAAAUUACAAAAUGAUUUCAUGUCGAUGGAAUUUUAAUAUGGAAUAAUAAUUAAUAUACAUAUGAUUUAACUGUCAAAAUAUCUGUAAGGAUAAAAUCACAACAGGUAUAUUCUAAAUUGCUGUAUAUGUCCAUGUGCGUAGAUUGCAACGAUAGUUAAAGGUGUGAACAAAAUAUUUUGCAUAAAAAUGGAUAACGAAUGAAUUGGUAUUCAAAUAACUACACAAAAUUAUUAGUUCUGUAUACAAUACAUUAAAACUAAAUAUGAGAUAGAGUGCGAAAUUUUGGUUUUGCCAAUAAUACUAUACACGUAAAAAAUAUAAUAUUAUUAUUAACGAAAUGUAUACAAAGUGAUCAUUUUAUCAUAAACCAGCAAUUUUCUCAAAUGGAUUUUAAGUGGAUUUAAUUUAUAUUUUUUUUGAUCAUUGUGAAAUUGUUAAAACUAUUUUCAAUUUGUUUAUCCCUACUCUAUACUUAAUAUACAGAGUGUAACAGGAAGAUCUGUCAUAAAAACAACUUUUGUUCUAUUCAAUAUUUUUAGUAAAUAUAUUUUUAAAUAAUCAAUACGCUUUCUGCGCUGUAGUUUCAAUAUAGCCUUUUUUUUGGGGGGGGGGAGAAGAGACUUAAAAUAAAAACUUUAAAAAAAAUUCGGAAUAGUCAUUUUAGAUUCCAAGCAUAGCGAGGGAGCCAUUGGUUUUACAAUGUUGUUUAUUUCUUUCUUCUUUAUUUUAUAUUACUUUCUUCUAGUCUGUGACCACGUUUUUUCCUAGUGAAUUUGCUCCAAUUUUUACGUGUAACAACUUCUCUGAAAGCUCAAGUUGUCUAGCUGGUACUUUAAACAGGUUAUGUUUUGAUUUUCGGCUUCAUUUUAUAAAAACACGCACGUUUUUUUACCAGAAAAAAUGAUUUAAUCAAAAACUCACAAGACACUUUUUUUGAUUUAAUUUCUUACGGUAUCAUCACCAAAACUUUUAAGCCAUUUUUGAGCUUUUAAGGAAUUUUAAUUUUUGUUGUAGUUCAGUUAUAAAUACACGUAGAGACUUAAAUCUUGGUAAUAAUACUACUUAUAUUAGACUUACCUAGACGUGAUAAAAUUUUAAAAAUCAUCGGACUUUUUUUUUUUAAUAAGCAUUUUAAAAUUAAAUUUAAACAAAAAUAGCAAAAAAAAAUUACGGCACUUCAAAUUAUGUAUUACCGAACUGCGCUCGGAAUCGUCUUUCGUCAAGCAACAGUUUUUCGUUGCUUACAGAUAUAAAUGAAAUAACCUUAUGUAUCCUACCUUCCCAACUUCUUACGUAGAACAGUUGCCGCUCCUGUCCCCUGUAUCAGCUCUUUUUAAACAUGACCGUAUGAUGUCAGUUGAAUAAAAAAAAAAUCAUUACCAUCCAUCCGAUGGUAUAACUUAAAUAAUAUAAUGAAAUAGGUUUGUUUACGAAUUUCGAUGUUACCUACAUAUAUAUAUUAUAUAUUCAUAAAAAAAUAAUGUUUUCAUUACGUUCUUUUCAACAUCCAGCUCUGACAAUCGUGGUACAACAGGUAGUUUUCUCGAUUGUUAUCAUCGAACAUCACGACAAUAAUAAUAACAAUUAUUAUUAUUAUUUUGUGGCUCCGCUACCAUGCGUCUGACGCACACGUAAAACUUACCGCCCGAAUACUAUACGCCGACACCGGCACACGAAUACAAUAACGAAGACGACAGUCGACGUCUUUAUUAGGUCCAUUCAUCGGAAGUCAUUGUUUUACACUUUGCAGUAUAUACUCGUGUAUGUAUAAUAUACACAUAUAAGCUCAUUGUAUAAUACGACAUACGCGUAUAUUAUAACAUUAAUAAACCUAUGUGUUCUGCCACGCCGCGUGUUCAAUUAAAAUUUCAAUCUAUAUAGUAUACUGCGUGUACAAUAAUUUAUUAUUUAUUAUAUUAUUAUUGCCGAAAUAAAACAAAUUCUCAAUUUCCCCCUCACUCCUAGUUCUGUGCGUAUACGACGAUGGGGGAAGGUUAUUCGUAUUAUUAGUUAUUACAAAAACAGAAAAAAAACCUAUAAAUCUCUAUUUACGAGCUUGUCAUUUAUUCAUUAACGCGUGGUCGAGCAAUUCGUAAUAUCUGGUAACCGUAGUAAAACGCGUAAUGAAAACUCGUAUUAUAUUCACCAAGUAUUAUUGGUAUCAUUCUAAAAACUAUCGGGAGACAAAAUAGUGAUGUGGGAGACCCAGUCAGGAAGAGAUUUAGGUCCAAGACGGAAGACCCUGAAUAAUUACCAGGAAAAGAGACAGAGGAAAAGAAGAAGAAUAUUUAAAAAAAAAUUAUGAAUAGGUACAAUGUCCAUUAUAUAAGAAUAUUAUAUUAUUGAAAAUUAUUUCUUUUUAAAUAUAUUUACGUGUCUAGACUUUGAAUAAAAAAAAAUCCUUCAUUCAAUUUCAAUACCUAAUGGAAUGCGAACUAAAGCCACGAAAAAUCUGUCUAUAUUUUUUUCUUUUAAGAUAAAUAUGAGACAUACGGUCCUGUUUAAUGUAUGUAGGUACGUAAUACUCAUUUUUCUAUCGGCGAUAAUCGGACGGACUGCCCGUAAAUAUUUACGCGUCGAGAACAAAAAAUAAAAACGAAACCGGAAAGCGUACAACCCGUCUAAUGUGUAUGUAUACAAAACCGGCAUCGCCACCGUCAUAUGCGAGACGAACGAAAAGCGUUGAAUAGGGACGUAAUUUUUACAUUUAGACUAAAAAAAAAAACUUUACGCAUCAUUAGCGAUAACUGUUUAUGUUGAACGAAGAACAAUCGAUUUUAAAAUAUCGGUUAAGAUGUACUCUAACAAACAGACAUCACACACGACAUCCGUAUAUUAUAACAAUGUUGUGUAUAGUCUUAUAAUUAUUAAAGUGUAGCUGAUAGGUACUCACCGGAUGUGCCCAGAUACCAUAUUGAUAUUAUAAUACACACCUGCCUUAAGCAAUAAUAUUGCGAUAUUCGAACAGGUGGUAAUAAUAAAUAUUUGCAUAAGAAACUACCAUAUUAAUAGUUACUAACACUAAUUAAUCGCAAAAAUAAAUUUCUUAAUUAUUAUUACGUAAAAUAAUAGUUACAAACGAUAAAGUUCAAAUUACUAAAACUAUAUUAGUAUUUUAUAGUAUAAUAAUUGUAGCAGUCGGGGAUGUAUUUAGGGGGAGGGAUCCAAAGGAGUCUUUGGCCCCGGACACCAAAUUUUUAGGGGGCGUAAGACUCUUAAAACAUCAUAAAAUAUUUAUUUUAUAAAAUGAUCACGAAUAUUUUAUUUUGCAGUCCCUUUAUAGGUUAAGAAGUCUGAACGCCGCAUCCCCCCAGGUUACGAAAAACCGAAUUAAAGUGUUGUAUACCUACGUUUAUUUAUUUAACUGUAGUAUAAAUUGUUUACGAUUAAUAAUAAUAACAGUAGUAGUAGGUAAUGUGCUUUGAUUAGUACAACUGAGUACAAUAAUAUCAUAUAUAUUAUUAUAAUCGGUGCUAAUAAUUAUAAUAUGUUGAGUGUUGACCGACCAUUGAUCAAUAUUAAUUUAUUUAUAAAUUAACUAUCUAGUUACAUAUAUUAAUUAAAUAUUGAUUUGUUUUUUUUUUUUUAAUGUUUAUUAUUGUUGAGUUUUUAUUAACACGACGGGUAUCAGAUAAUAAUAUUAUUACUAGAAACUCUGUGAUGAGUUAAUUCCACAUACUUCCUUAUAUUAUUAUAUUUAUGUGCCUUAAAAAACAAGUUGUUUUUUAAAACGAUUUCAUUGAUUUUUUUUUCAAACAUAAUUAUACAUCACGAAUCUUUCCCCUGUGUAUUCAAUGUAGUAUAGGGAGUUUAUACAGGUAUACAUUCUGUUUUUUAACUACUGAUUCUUUCUAAAUAAUUGCUAUGGUCUUUUAUUUUAUAUAUAAACAGUUUUUUUUUUCUAAAUGUCAAAGUAUCUAUGAACAGUUUUCAAGUUAUUUUAGAGCUAGGUGUCACGAGUAUCCAUCGAAAAACCCACGUCAAAAAUCAAUUGAAUUUCUAUAUGAAGUCUUGCUCAGUCGUUAUUAGGUUCUGUGUCCUUGUUUUGGCGUCAUCUGACCAUUAAUUUUUUUAUGAUAACAAAAGGGGCAAGCAACUAAUUAUUUAUAAGAUAUUAUUACAUUAAGUUCCCUACUCCCUUGUCAAUGUGCGGUAAUAAUUACUGGGCCAAUGUCGAGCGCAACCCCGGGGUCUAUAUCGUCUGCACAACAAUGCGCAUCUAUGUCUGAUGUUUUAUUAAAUCAUUAGGCCGAGUUAAUCUUAUACUAAUUUUUAAUGAAAUAAAAGCUGUUUUAUACUUUUGUUGAAUAUAUCUCCGAAUUCUUUACCAUGACACGUUUUCUAUUCGAGGGGGGAGGGGGGUUGUAUUUUAUGAGAUAUUGUCCGGUGGCUUUAUACGACCGCAGGAGACUAGCCUACUAUAACAAGAGCAAAUAUAUUAUAGUACGCUUAUAAUACCUACACAAUACAAAAUAUACAUAAUCAUCCUAAGGUUAUAUUUUUGCUUUAAAUGAGAUGUUUCUUUACACUACUAUUUUUUUAACACGAUUUUACUUACAACGAGGUAUUUAAAAAGAUAUAUAAUAUCAUUUUUUUAUCACAUUUGUUAAAUAAAAUAUGUUAGUUACAUAAAUAUAAUGUACAAUAUUAAAUUGUUCAAAUAAAUGUAUAACUCUAUCAACCUCAUGCAUAUAGCUAAUAUAUGUAGUUAUAUUAUCAUUAUUAAAGUAUACCUAUCUAUUCAGUCAUUCAAUGAUACAAAGAAUUACAUUUAUUAUAAAAAAAAUGCUAUAAAAAUACGACGGAAUUUUAAAAAAAAAAAUGUACGAUUACAAAUAACAAAAAUUAUAACUAGGUACUUACUAAAUUUGUAGUCGUUACAGCGAGGCAUAAAAAAACGGUCAUAUUUUAAUGGCACGAUAUACAUGUUUCCACUGAGAACCACGUUGAAAAUUGGAAAUUCAUGUACAAUCGUCUCAACUCAAAUCGAAUGUAAAACAGUUGAAAUAAACUGUUUUUUGUUUGUACAAAUUCCUUAAGACGUGACUUGAAAGCCUGCGCAAAAUAUAUAGUACGUGUGGUCUCUACUCAUGUAGUUCUUCUAUAGAUACACCCAUCCCACCUAUCGCUGGUUCCAUAAACCACGUUUUUUUUUCGUUUGCAUAUAUUGUUUAUCAAUAUCAUAUAAACAUUAUAUUCUAACUCUUUCAAAAGACGUUUUAUAGGUUAAACCAGAAUAUACUUAAACAACGCAUGUAAUAUGUCUAACCAAUUUCGAAAAUUGUAUUUUAUUAUGGAGUCCACAUUUCAAUACAACAUCUAUAUAACAAUUAAAUUAAAAAAAAAAACAUAAAUGGGAUCUGAAAUAACACAAUGCCCGUAUUUGUCACUGGCGGCGUGUCCAGAUAUUAGACGAAUUGUACAGCGCGAUGACUAUACAGUAGCAAAUUAUCGCCAUACCGAUCCUAUUGUGAAUAUUAAAAUAUUGUUUGUGACGGACGUGUAUAACAGGUGUGCCAUCAAAAGGAGUUGGUAAUAUAAACGGUAGCGAUGACAUAUUUUAUAUAUUAUAAGCUUGUAAACGAUUGAGAAAAUUAUUAUUAAAAUAAUAAUUAAAAAAUAAUAUUAUAUCUUAUAUGUACUAUAACAGCCUCACAAGGAAACUACCUAAAUUUAGAGCACAGUGGCGGUCUACCUCGAGGCUCGAGAGGAAAAAUCUUUAAAAAUAAAAUGUGGUCGCACGAAGACUUGAACUUCGUAACAAGAACUUAAAUUAACUUAAAUUAGACGUGUGCGUGUGGUCACGGGUCGGUGUCCAGGUUUCGUUCAAAACCGCAUACUUACCGUUCAUAACCGCAUAUUUUACAUCGUUCAAUAUCGCACAAAUUUUGUCUAUUGUUAAAAAUGGAAAUUUGGAAGGUCGAUAAUUCAAAACCGCAAACAUUUAAUUGGCAUUAAAAAGCAUUAUAAGUGGAAUUAAGAGACCCAAUUUGGUCUUCACUCGCUGUGAAUUUUAAUCGAAAAUAACCCUCGAUUUAUGGUGCAAAACUACGUAGGGUAGGUAACAAGGAAUAGUGAAAAACAUUAUAGGUGGAAUUAGAGACCCAAUGUGGUCACUCGCUCACUACGCUCACUCGGACAAUUUUAUUCGAAAAUAACUCUCAAUUUGUUGGAUAAAACCACGUUUGCCAAUAGAGCACAAAGUAAAAUGUGUGCGGUAUUGAAUGGUAUCAUUUUGAGAAAACUUUACAUACAAGUGUGCGGUUUUGAACGACGACCUUUUUUUGAAAGUAUAUGGUUCAGUCACCGGGUCGUUCGAUGAGGUACAAUACAAUGGGGAAAAUAUAUGAAAAAAAAAAAUGUACUGAGGAACCAGAGAUUCAUUUCGGGGUUUUUCUCGGGUUUUCCAAUUUAUUGGGAAAACACAUGAGAAAAUCAAAAAAUGACCUCCUUAAAAUACCUCCUCAGUCAGAUUUCCUUUUAGAAAAAGUGUUAUUAUUGUAAAUCUGAGUAAAAUUUCUGGUAGAAAAGAUGUCAAUAAAGAAAAUAAAAUAGAAUAAAUUUAUAUCAUUGUGAAACCAAUACAUUCCUUGCUCCACUUAGAAUCUAAAACUUUAAAAAGCUAAUAGUAUAAUUCAUACUUCAAACCCUCCCCCCUCCAUUACAUAAUCCUACGCCACUGUUUAUACGUAUCGGACAUUAGCACCAUGUUCAUAUAGUGAAUAAAAAUAUUAAUAAAAAAAAAAAGACGAGUCUAGUUUUUCAAUCUUCGGGAUGACAUAUUAACGUUGAGGUCACCAUUUGCGACCACUACACCGGUAGAGACCGAUGAGUGGUUUUAAUAAUAAUUAGGAUAAUACGUAGCAAAAAUGGGAAAAUUUACGUUUUAAUUAAAUGUAUUAUUUUCAAAUUUGUUUUUUGUUGUGAUUCAGUUAAACAUAUUUGUAGAGACUUAAAAUUCGAUGUUUACGUUUAUUUUUGUUAUCUUUUACACUUGUGCCUUUAUUCUACAUUUAUAAUAUGUAUCGUAUUUUGUCAACUUACACCAUAAUUGUAACCUGGGCUUACGCCCGUUUAUCUUUAACAAAUAAAUAAUUGUUUACAUUAAUAUUAAAUGUUUAAUUACUUCGUCCCCCCCAUUGACAAAGUGACAAGUGUAAAUAGUACAUACAGUCAGUAUUAUAUUAAGCAUCUAAUCAUAACACUAAAUUAAUGUUGAAUUCUUAUACUUUCGUUUGGUACUAUAUAAAAUAUAUAACUUUUAGAUAGGUUACGUUUCAUUUUAUCAAACUGUGCAGGUACGAGCGUAUAGGUACUACAAUUACAUUUUAUUAAUGGUUUUAUCUGAUUUAUGUGUACAUUUCACAUUAAACAAAACUUCAAUAUUUUUUUAUUUCACGUAGUAUAAUAUAAAUUCAAAUGUAAAUGAAAUAUUAAUUUGUACGUGUGUAUAGUUUUUAAUUUUCUCCUACUCAUCUGCUUAUAAUAUUAGUUGUACCUAUUUUAUUAUUUUAAGCAUUUUAAGUAAAUAAUAUGUUUCGUUGCUAUAAUUUUAUGUAAACUAUAAUACUUAUUAUUGAUACUACUGUGUGUGAAUGAUAAAUCUAUUUAUAUAGGUACACAAUUGCGUAAUUCGCUAAAAUAUGUAUUUAUCAAAAUAUAAUAAAUCAUCGUAAAAUAUAUUAUUUUUCAAGAAAUAUCUGAUUACUCUGAUUUUUAAAAUACUUACCUAUCAAUAAUUUACCAAUUAUUAUUAUAAUUCACUAAUCAAUAUUCUUUUUAAUACGUUUUAUUAUUAUUUAUAAUUGUACAACGAUUUGAAUUUAUAGAUUUACUUAAAUAACAGAUCUUAAUAAUAAUUUUCUUGAAAUAAGAAUAUUAUAGUUAUUAUUUUAUUUUAGUUUAAAAGUUAUUCAAUUUUCAAUUAAUACAUUAAUCGAAUAUUCAUUUAUAUUUUUCUAAAUAUUGUAAUGGUAUAAUAUUAUGUAAUAUAGCAAUUUUUUUUUAUUUUUAUACAUUGGUCAAUAUUAUUGGACGUCAUUAAAGGUCUAGAAUUUUUCAUUUUUACACAUUAUUUUUAUUUUACCGGUUAACAUUUAUUAAAUAUUAAAUUUAAAUUUUAAACGUCAUUAUAGAUACUGUACAUAACGUCAUAACUAUUUAAUAUUUGACAAUAAUUCAUACCAACUAUUAACACAACUAUAACCGAUCAGGAGAGUCUGCAGACCUUAGCUAUGAGCCCCCCUGCUCAUAAUUUUGCCCUGCUGAGCAAAAUAAUUAAAAAUUUAAUAUUAAUGUACAAUAUUACAAUGUACACAAUAUUCUAAUACAGAGGAUAAAACCAUUAUUUUCAUAUUUUAUAAUUUAGAACUCCUUCCCUCAAAACAUAUUUAUGUCACACAAAUGUUACAUUAUUAAAAGCAAGUCAUCAUAGUAUAUAUAUAGUAUACAAAUUUACUUCUUUUUAAUUUCCUAUAAUAUAAAAUCUUUAUCUAAUCGUUUCUCUAGCACGAAUUUUACUCAAACUGAAAACUUACCUAAUGAGUUAGAAACUAACAUGAGCUAUACAAUAUUUAAACUUAACGAAUAUCAAUAUCCUCCUCCCCCUCGAGAGAAGUGAACUUACAUUGGCAUUUAGCAUAGUCAUUGGUCCAGAAGUAUUAUUUGACAUAAUUUUUUUUCUUAUCAAUCGUCAAUGUUAAAUUUAAUUAUUUUACACAUUUUAAACAUUUAAACACUAAUGAUGAAGAUUUCGUUUAAAAAAUACCGGUUUUUCUGGGCGGAGCCUAUUGAAAGCGAUUGCUUCCUAUAUGUAACAUACGUAGCAAUCAAGUUUGUGUCCUUUAGUAGUCAAUUUAAUGACAAUUUAAGAAUUAAUAAUUUAUCUUUUGUUUUUAUAAACAUGUUAUACUAGCUAUAUUACCUGGUAAUUUCCAGGUUAAAUAUUUUCAAACACAAAAAUAAAUAAAAGAAGUUCAAUUUAAUGUGUUCCUCGUUUUCAAUCUUAUCCCUAUUACAGGUAUUCGUUGUUACCGUUAUUUUUAUUAACGAUUCAUUACACAUUUUGAUUUUAGGUACAUUCUUUGAGUUGUUUUUUAUGUCAGUUUUUAUAUAAACUACAUUAUACCUAUAUACAUUUUAAAUGCAAUUGUCCCACGGAAAUUUGAUAAAUGCAGUAACUUUUGUUCUGUUUAAUACUUUAAGUUUUCUUUUUUUAUAAUAAUUCUAGAGCCUACACUCUAAUUCUUGUUUUAUACAUUUUUUUUUUUUUUUUUUUAAUUCAAGCCAUUUUGUAAAUUCAUUUUGAAACGCAAUAUAUCGAGAAUUAGUUAAUAUUUAUAAAACACUAACAUUUUGUUUUCAAAUAUAUUAAAUAUGACAAUAAUAGCGCAAGACUUUAGUAGCUAUUACAAAAAAUAAAAUCUUAAAAAUAUUGAACAGAACAAAAAUUAUUACAUUUAUCAAUCUCCGUAGGACACUGUUAAAUAUAACAAUGAUAUAACAUAAAUAUUUGAAUUAAAACGAUGCGGCGAUACUUGGAUCAUAGAAAAUCGUCCUCAAAUCCGUUACGGAAAACUGAGAAAAUGAACGUUACACUCACCAUGGUCCAUGUAGCAAUAAUCACGACUAACGAUGUUAUGCUGCGCGACCGGUGGUUGUACCACGUAAACUACACCGUACAAAUCGCUCCUAUAGAGUUGCACCGGCCUGAAUAAUGCAGACGUGUCUUAUAUUAUCGUGUAUAAAUACACCGAAUGUAUACACAAUGUCACGUGUGAUUAUCGUAUUUAUAUGUGUAUAUAUAUAUAUAUAUAUAUAUACGUUUACCUAUACACAAAAGCUUGCGUUUGUAAAAAUCGGCACUGGAGUAUUACAAUAACAGUUAAUACAAAACCCGACGAUCGCGUUCACACGGCGACGACGACGGCGUAGGCGCCACAAUAGGACCAUUGUACGAGUAUAUAGUAUUAUUAUAUUAUGUGAGCUCAUGGAUUUAUGUGGCCAACACAUCACUGGCGGGCGUGGGUUAUAAGUUGCAUUAUGCACACACGUGCACAUGCAUAUUUGUAUCAUUUUCUGUAUGCAACAAAUUACCGGAAUUUCCGCGUCGCGGAGACACCGACCAUUUACUAAUAAGAGUAUUGGACUGACCGAUGAGAAUAGUGGCAAUUGAAAAAGGAAAAUAGUCACCGUAAAAACGGACGUAGGUUCAGCGGAUCCAUGAACUGAUUGGAGAGAAACGGCCAGAAGUAAAUGUUGCUAAAUCGCAAUUAAUUAUAUGAACAUGUAUGCAAUAUUAACAACAUAUUAUUUUAUAUCUUUUUUUGUGAAUUUUUAAUAAUGCUGCGGCAUGCAAACAAUUACCAUAUUUAUUUUAAAUUUGAAAUUAUUUAACAUUUUUAUUAUGUAAGAAAUUAAACGGUUUAAACAAUUUUUAUACUAAGACUUAAAUUGUGAAUAUGUGUAACGAUCAUUAUUGUUUGAUUUUUAUUUGAAUUUUAUGUUAUUUUUAUUUCGAGUAUAUAUCAAUAUAUCUAAUGUGAAUUAUCAGAUAAUUUAAAAUCGAUAACCUAAUGAUUACACAAUGCUGAAACUAAGUAACUAAGUAGUUACCUAAUAAAUACAUUCAUACCUUAUUAAAUUUUAGUUUAAACAUUUUUCAAACAAUUUAAUUUCCUAAAGUAUAUUUAUUAAGAUACGAGGAAAUCUAAACUAAAUAAAAAACAAAAUCUUAAUAAAAACUGUUUAUUCUUAAUUCAUAUUAAUAUAAUAAUAUAUAAAAUACCAAUAUAUAAUAUAUAUUACAUAUAAUUUUGUAUUUAUAUAUUAUAAUUUUAUACACAUAACAUAUAAUAAUUAUUAUAAUAAAUUAUUCAGUGAACAACCAAAUAUCUUAUCGUAUUUAUUUUGUACCAUCUGCAGUCUGAAUGGUGCUUGUGCCAAGUAUACUUUUAUGCAAUCUUCAAUAUCAGAAUUUUGAACACCAAAGAUUGUUUUAUACUUUGUAUAGAAUCUGUAAUAAAUUAAUAAUAAUACAAAACAAUUAAUAAUUUUUUUAUCAGUGUAAAGUAAAGGUGGUUUAGUCAUAACAUCAUGUUUUUAUUAGUAGUUAGGAAUUAAAAACUUAAAAUAUUCUAUGUUUAUUUUAAUUAUUAAGUAUUUAUUAUUUAUUGUGUAGCAAGGGUUGUAUUGGUUUUACUAUGACGUGAGUUUUUUUUUUUUAUUUUUUUUCUGCAUGCAAACAAUUAUUCGAAAAUAUAUCUUGCCCCGAUGUAUAGAGUAUAGUGCUUUUUCUGAAAAGUGAUUUUCUCUAGUUAGUACAUUGUAUAGGUAAUUUUUUUUAUUUUCUGAUGAAUUUUCAGAAUAAUUGAGAAAAACUAGAAAACGAUUUUUAGGUAAAACGGCAAACAUUUACGGCGCGUCGCGGUAUUACCAUUUUCAUUAUUUUUAAUUUUUGUUUACGAUGUUUUCUACCAGAAAUAUUACUCCAAUUGAAAAAUGACAAGAUAUAGAUUUUGUUCCUUUUAAUAAAUAACCACGUGUAAAGAGAGUCGUUUUUUGAUAUCCAAAGUAGUUUUCAUAAUAAUUGAGAAUAAUCAAAAAGACGUAAUAUACGAUUUUUUUUCAAAUUACGGCGUAGCGAUUUCAUUAUUUUACAUGUUUACGGUUUAUGUAUUCUACUAUAAAUAUUGCUCCAAUAAAAAAACGACAAGUGAUCUUUUUUGUUUAAUUUUCAAAUACAUUUUUAAUUAAAUAAUUCGUUUUUUAAUUUUUCAUGCAGUUUUCAUAAUAAUUGAGAAAAACCGGGAAAAAAUAUAGAUAAAAACGAGAAAAUGUAUAAAAAUAAUAUUUUUAUUGCUGUAAAUUUUGGUUUUUUGUUGUAAUUUAGUUCAAUAUGUAUGCAAAGACUUGAAGUUUGGACAGGAAACUUAUAUUUGCCUUUUAUAAAUGUGGAGAAAUUGUGUUAUUUAUAGACAUUUUAAUUUUGUGAGAUUUGUACUAAUAUACGUAAAAUUUAUUCAGUUAGGUACUCUGUGAAUAAAAUUGUGUGACCAAAUAAAAUUUAACAAGAGAUUCGUUAUAAGUCGUACUUAGUGGUAAAAAAAAAAAUUACUGUAAUGUAGUAUUUUCUUUUUUAUAAGAGUUUUAAAAUCAAAUUUUGACCAAAAUCGUAAAUAAUAUGGUCUUUCAAAACAUAUGUAAACGAACUUUGCUCUAAAUCGUUUUUCGUUAGAAAUUGUUUAUCGUUGCUUCUCUUCUUCUUCUUUUCCCUCUGACUUAUUCUACUCUACAAGAUUGUCAUCGUUACUUACAGGUAUAAUUUAAAUAACUUUAUGUAUCCCACCUUAAUAAUCCCAUUAAGUUUCAAAAUAAUUUUAUUUUUUUAACAUUUAUUAUUAUAUAUACAAUCUAUAAUGAUAUUUAUAUUGAACAUUUGAGCGUUCAGAUGUAUUAAAAAAAAAAAAAUGACAUGAAGGAGUGAGGAGAGAAGCUACCCAGCAGUAACACUCGGAUUUAAAAUUAUAAGUUGUAUUAAAUUUCUAUAUUGAAACAUGUAUUCCAUAUUUAUAUCUUAUUACCAUUUUAAUAUCUAAAUGUGAUGUUAAAUGUGGUAAAAUGUUAACAGUUCAGCAUUUAGAAAUAAUUAUGCCUUGUAUAACAUAUAUGUUAAUUUUUUAAAGUUUAAAAUUAAAUGAGAAGUAAACAUGUAUUAAAUAAAUACACUUCAUAAAUGCUCUCUGGAUUAUACCUAAUCUAUUAUUAUACCAUUUAAUUACAAUCCAUCGCUAGAUUCUUGUAUUGUCUGGCACCCGGCUCGAUCGCCUCUUUUAGUCCCCCUCGGUUCAGAUACGAAUCGCGGUAUUUAAACUUGAAAAGUGUUCAACAAGUGAUAAUUAUGUGCAUGCAAGACGUUCAAUUGGAUGAUGUAAAUUUGUAUUAUAUAAUUAAAUAUAUACUACUAUUAUAGAUCGACGAAAAACAACAUUAACAGCUUGCUGUCGACUAUAAUAUAGUAUAUAUAAGGUAAUUAACGUCAUGGAAUAGCGAACCGUAUAAAAUGAAAUAGCGUAAUAAUGAUUAAAAAAUAUAAAUACUGGUACCAAAUCAAUAGGUCCAUAUAACACGAUAAACUAGUUAUUAAGAAUAUUUAUUCAUAUUCAGCAUUUCUUCUUUUUGGUUUUUUGUUAAUAAAAGUGGGUAUAGAAAUUAUUUGUUCGCUUCAUUAACCAGUCUAUUGUUUUAAACAGUAAAUAAUAAUUAUAAUUAUUACACGAAUAUACCUCCGUCAAUAUUAAACAACGAUCCUUCAUAAUAAUUUAAGUACAUCAACAUUUCGUGCACAAAUAAAUAAACUAAAUUUAAUAUAUAAAUACAAUAUAUUUGUUUCUAACUGUUAAAUAUAAUCAAUUCGAUUUCCGUGAAUUUCUGAAAAUAAUUAUUUUUAAACUUACAGUGCGAAUAUUGUGCUGUAAUAAGAAAUUAAAACUAUAAUUAUCUGUGAGUGGCAAUGCCACUUAACAGAAACUUAAUAUGCGUUUUUUUCUUCUUUUUUUUUUGUUAAUUAAAAUAAUAUUUUAGAUUUUAAUUACCUAUAUGUAUAAUAUUUCAAGAUUUCGGUUUAAAAUACUUUUACAUAUUAUGUUAGUAAUAAUAGCUAUAAAUUAUUAAUAAUUUGCAAAAAAUCAUGUUAUUUUAGUUUUUCAAUACAAUGUAUUGAAAACACCCAAUACACGGGUGUACAUUUUAGAUUCAGAGCGUAUUGGUUAUUAAAAUUGUCGAAAAUAGAAUUCUUGAUUUUAGGUAAUAAUUUUUUAUGAUAUCGAGAUCGUCCGGUUCCUGAUAGAAGAUCAAAAUAUCGACGAAUUUGUUACUAAAUAAGCAGAAUAAAACUACUACAUGUGCAUAUAGUGUAUAGUGAUCGUGAGUUUAUAAGGCGCCUAUUCGGGCAAUCGGAAUUAUCAGUCAGUUCAUUGGUCAUAAAUAAUUAUAUUUUUCUACAAUCAAAAAUGUAAUUUAUUAUCUUGAUAGAAGCUUUAGGUAUGUUAAUGUUGGUAUAUUAUUUAAGUAAUCGUUUAAAAAUUGUAGAAUCGGAUUUAUUUAAAUGAUAAAAAAUAUAAUAUUAAAUUAAAUAAAAUUUACAUUGUCUAAUAUGAUCAUAUUAUAUAUUUGUAGAACAUUCAAAAACUUGAACCGACGAGAACCAUGUCACCGUUAUCCGAAAAUAAAUGGAAAUUGUUCGGAUCUAGGAGGACGAUUGAAGAGACUAUGCGCAGUUCAGUCAGGAUGAAGCAGUUUCAAAGUAUGUUUAAAUUUAUCCGAUUCAGUUGUUAAAUAAAAGUUAUGUUUGUUAAAUCAAACAUUUCAAAUGAAAAUGCACAAAUCUUAUUUAUUCGCAUAGCAAUGAACUAAUAUUUUAAUAAUAAUUAUAAAAAAAAUGUUGAAUGGUAGAAUAAAAAUAAAUAUGUAUCUAGGGUUAUAAAAAAAAAAAAUCAUUAAAUGUAUAGUUUUUUGCCUUUCUAAGCAAUAAUUUCGCUACUUAUGAAUUUCAUUUUUUUAAAUUAAUAUAAUAUUAUAUUAAUAAUAUUAUUAUUGUACUAAAAAAAAAAAACAAAUAAAAUAAACAUACACCUUAUUAAUGUAACAAAAUCAUUUUUGAUUAACGGUCGGCUCAAAAACUAUUACUGUAACAAACAAACGUUAUCAAAAAUUAUUAAUUUUAUUUAAAUUUGACAAAUUAUUAAAGAUAAUUUAUUGAGUUAAGUAUAUUUAUAUUUCUAUGAGUAAAAAACCAAAUGGAUUAACAAUAAAAUAUUUUAAAAAUACAUAUUAUACACGAGUGGAUAAUAAACAAAUAAAAUACCAAAAUACGAAAAAACACAUAGCCUGUAGUAUUAUAUAGAUUGUGUGUAAUUAAAACUGAUUUUGAUUCCAAAAAUUAUCACUUAAUGCAACAAAUAAUAAUAACAACAAUAUUAAUAAAUGAAUUAAUUUCAUUUUACCACCCCAAUAAUAAUAAUUAAUAGUUAUUAUACCUUCUGAUUUUAUGCAUACCUAUAGGAUAGGAAUAGUGAAAAUUAAAAUAAUAAUAUAUAUAUUAAAAAAAAAAAAUGUUUAGAUAACAACGAAGCUUACAAUCAUCAAAUACGCAUGUCGAAAGAAGCGUCGUGUAAAGUACCUAGGGCGAAAGUGAUCAAGGUUUCAGACGUAUAUCCUAGCUCUAAUAAGAUAUACAUGCCCUCGUGCACAGUGCUUCAUGUAUGUGGCGAUGACACAGGUUGUUGUGGCAGUUCAACGUUAAAGUGCGGGCCUAAAUCUUCGCAUGCGGUCAAUUUACACUUCUUUGUUUACGUAAGUAUUUCACGCUAUAAUAAAAAAAUAUAAUAUGAUAACCAUACUAUUAAAACUUUGUCCAGUACAACUAUGUUGUGUGUUCUUAAAUUACACACAGUUAUUAACAUUCCUUUAUUUGCAUGUAAAUUUAACUUAAACCGACUGUAUCUAAAUUCACUAGGUACCCACUUGACUAUUAUUAUAUAUUACACAUUAGAUUUAUUAGGUACCUAAUAUAUAGCCUUUAUAAUAGGUAACUAUUCUUUAUUCUAUUUAAAUUUUCCUAAUAAUAUGUUUAGUAUUUAAAACAAUAAGUUUGAUGUAAUUUAUAAUUUUCGAAAACGGAAAUGUCUCUGUAUUUUUUUUACAAUUGAUAUAAAAAUAAAAACUACAAUUACGCCAAUAAAAUUAGCAAACUUAUCGUAUUUGUGUUUGCCAUAGAAUGACUAGCGUGUUUAAACCGCGUUUUGGCAAGUUCGUUGGCAUCACUCCAUUCAAAACCCAGUAGGAUUUCUACUGUUUAAAGUAUAGGCAUACUAUACAGAGUGUAACAGGACUAUAUGACAUUUUUGCAUCUAACUUUAAUAUAAAAAUGUCAAAUGUGGGUGUUGUUACCGGGUGUAACAACACCCUGUAUAUCAAUUGGAAAAAAAAUAUAUAUAUACAUACAUGCAUAUACAUUAUAUAUACCUACCUUAUAUUAUUAUAUUAUACUGAAUCAUCUAUUAAAUUAAAUGACAAAAAAAGAUUUUAUAUUAAUACUAUAAAUGGUAUUAUUGACAUUUUUCUCCGGAACAAUAGGCCUGUCACAAUAUUAAUGAUUUUCUUUGUGAUUAUAGUUUGUGCCUCGUAAACGGAAUUCGGUGCUUAAUGCGAUACCGUAUACAUAUUGAUAAACAUUCGACAAAUAUGAUUAUGUUUCACCUUCUUAUAUGUAUCUGUGAACUUUAAAUCGUCCUUGGAUUCAGUUUUAAGUUUGAAAGUCACGUAAUAAUAUGUAUACUAGUAUAUAUACCUAGUUAUUACUAGUAUUUUUCCAAACACGCCAUCACAGCUACACAUGUUCGUAUAACACUGUAUCUAUAUUAUAUUUAUGAAAGAUUCAAAUAUAGGUAUAUAAACUCCGAUGUUAAAAUCACGAAGAAAAUAUAUAGUUUUGACGUCAUGUGUCUGUGAUUAAUAACUUUGGCCUAUGACACUUGAGUCAAUUCACUACAACACUUUACGGACAUUUAACAAUUAAUUUAUCGACACCUAAAGCAAACAAUAUUAAUGGGACUAAAUACACAAAGAUUUCACUUCGCCUUGCCUAAAAAAAAUCCGUAUGUAUUAUCAAAUUGUAUACAGAAAUUAAAAAAAAGAUAUUUUUGAAUCUACUUUGCAAAUUCAAGAGUUUCCGGCACAGCGCAGCAAUUACCCUAAGGUAUCCCAAGUAAUCCCGAGCAAGUUUACUGGGAAAUUAAUGGCGGUAAUUCUAUUCUACUUCCAUUAUAAUCCUAACGUCUAUUCUAUGACAAUUUCUUUUAAGAUUACCUUGAAACUGGCGGAUAGGUAGUCCAAAGCAGAAAAUAUGAUCAGACGUAGGAUUUGAACUCGGACCUGCGUAUCUUUUCCUACUUAUUACAAUUACUCACCUAAUAUAAGUUAUAAGCUACCUACUUAACCAUUGCGCCACUAUAUGAACUAUAAAAUAUGAUUUAAACGUUGGUAAUCAGCCAAUAUUGGCUGAUUGAACUUGAUUAUUAUAUAUUAUAAACAAUAAUCUCACAAUUUUCGUUUUUAUGGUAUCCCGCGUAUAAAAAUCUAUGACAACUGACUAAUAAACAGUAUAAUAUUUGCAACAAGGAAUUAAAAAUAAUUUUUGUACAUUAUACAACAUAACAUUUACAAGAUAAAUAUUUGCAAGUUUCCGACCACUUUUUUGACUAUAGUUAAACAUGGCUACUAAUAAGAAAUCAUUGUUGGACACAAAGAAAAUCAGAAAAUGCUGGAUUACAACUUGUUCAAGAAUAUCUUGAAAUAUGUAAUGAAAAGCCGAAGGUUACGUUUUUACAUAAUAUCAACAAAGAUCUACAGGUAAAACUUUCCAUUAACCGCUAUCCUACUAACAACACCAACAAUCCACAACCAACCACAACCCUAAGGAAGAAUCAAACCCAUAAAGAAAAAUUCUCUCCUGCUGACAUUGUUAGAUAUAACCAGACUCUUCUAAAUACAUCCACCGAUCUAGACUCUCGCAUCAGAAAACAAUCUACUGAAUAAAACUGUUCACCAGGUUAAAUAUCCUACUGAUAUCGUUACCGAUACUCCACAUAUUAAAAGUGUGAGAAAGAAAUUAUUCGUCCCAGCUGAAAUCACCGCCUCCUAUUGGCGCGCUCUAAAUGUCCAUCAACUUCUUCCAGAUACUACAGAAAAUAAUGUAAAUUCCAUUACUAUCAAGGAUAACAAUAAUGACACAACCCCUCAACGUAUAACCGUCAAUGCUAAAAUUAGUACUAUGAACGAACCUCCACCCAAUACCUCCGUCAAGAACAUUUUUCCUAGUACCAGCAAAAAAUAUCUCCGAUCUAAAAUUCUAAUACCCAAAUCCUAUCCAAUUCAAACGUACUACAAAUCCGCCCUAACUACCCGUGAACGUGAACAAUUUUUUGAUAAGGGCAAAUUCAUUGAGCGAUAUUAUCGCCGAAUACGCGAUGCCACCUUUUUCACGGUCAAAAAUCAAAGAAACGUUCUUACGUUUAAAAAUAAAUUGUAAAUCAUUAUUUAACUUAAGAAAAGUUGCUUGUCUUGUACAUUACAGUAUUUCAUAAUAAAAUAUAUUCAAUAUACAUACAUGUGUAUGUAAGUAUAACAAUAUACAAAAACUAAAAAUCAUUUUUUUCGUUUUGCUUAUUCAAAAAUCAGAGCUUUAGUCCGAUGCUUCACAGAUAAUCGAAGAUCCACUAUAUUAGUUUUAUAUAUAAUGUUAUAAGUUUGGUUCAUCGUGGUCAAUAGAUGCGUAUGCUUAUAUAAUAACGAGAAUAUAUUUGUAUAAAAUAAUCUAUCAAAAUGCUGCAAGUUAAAAUUAUUAAGAUAUGCUUUGUAUUAUAAAACUUGAGUUUGUUCAAUAAAAAUGUUAUUAUACCAUUAUUUGUUAUUUCUAAGUAUAUAUAUAUAUAUAUAUGGUAAGCACAACUUCAAAACAUUAUUUAUAUAAAUUGAAAAUAAAAUUGGACCUAAUACUGUUCCUUGUAGUACACCUCUCCCAAAAUAAGCAUAUACAAGACAUUUUUUGUAAGGCCCUUAAGGUUCUUGGUUUCAUCCUUCGCUCCUCUCAACUUUUUCAUCUAUAUAGUUUAUAUCUAGUCUAAAUCUAUAAUAGACUAGAUAGUCAUACCCUUAAAAUCUUGUACUGCGCCCUAGUGAGACCCAUCAUUGAGUAUGGCAGUGUAUUAUGGGAUCCUGAAACCGCAACAGCUAGUACUUCUGUUGAGCGAGUUCAGAGAAGGUUUCUCCGUGCCGUUUCUUUCGUCUAAAUAUUCUCUGGCCCAUACCCCACGACUACUCUCCUAUCCUGUGUAAGCUGAACCUCUCAAGCUUAGCAGACCAUAGACAGAUAAAUAACAUUUCAUUCCUAUCAAAUCUCCUUAUUGGCAAAAUAGAUUCUCCUGUUCUCCUCUCCCUCGUAAAUUUUGAAGUUCCACCUUGUCGCACCCGCUUCUAUGCUCCAUUUCAUAUUCCUUACUUUUCUGCUAGUUUCCUUCAAAACUCUCCCCUAAACCGUCUUAUGAGGACCGUAAACAAUGACCUACUAUUUCAAUUUUGAAACACAAAAACGUAACAUGCAAAGUAAUGUAGUAAAUAACAAUAGUAAUAGUAGUAGUAAAUAUUUAAUUAUCAUAAGUUUAAUGUAAGUAAAAUAUAUGUUAAACAUAUGAAUACUCAAUGUAAACUGGGCUUGUCCUGUAAUUUAUAAUAAAUAUAAAUAUUUAUAGAAUCACUAAUAAUACCGUUUAAUCUGACCUGUGUUUGAUUAAAUAAGUGAGAUUUAAAAAUUAAAUGUAAAGUGAUUCCUCUGAUACCAACAUAUUCGAGUUUCUUUAAUAAAACAACACAUAUAACAACGGUUAACAGAAUCAAAAUAUCAUGCAUAGCUAAGUGAAAUUCACUUUUUUAUUUUCAUUAAUAAAGAAAACAUCAAAAUUAUUGAAGUAGUUAUUACAAUAAUUGGCAAUAUGUUUUAAAAUAUUGUUCAAAAUAAGGGCAUUUUGUUUACACAUUUCAAUGUGAAAUAAAUGUUUAGAGUGUUCAUAGGUGGAACGUAAAAAUUAAUAUUGUGUAGCAACUUGAAACACACUACUUUAUCGUUUAGUAAUUUGUGGACAAAUAAAACAUCAUUAUAAUUACGCCGAUAUAAUAGUGAUGUAAGACUACAUCACAUUACAAUUAAUCUAAACAGUAAAAAUUGGUUGACUAGCUAAGUGUAACACGAAAGCAAUAGAACGUAAGAAUUAUCUUUGGACUUUUUAAAAUUUUAUCGACUAAGCCUACUUUUGAGAGGUUCCAUAUUACUGAAAUAAAUUCAAAUACAGGACCGUAGUACCACAGAUAGUUUUAUUAUGACUAUCAGAUGACAAUAUUAUACCUAAAUCUUAAUUUGUUUACAAAACUAUAAUAAAGAAGCAUCAUUAGUUUUGAAACUGUAACGAACCGGGUUUCGGUUACGAGAGAAUGAAAUUGACUUGCAUUUUUCAGCAUUAAGUGACAUACCAUUAAUUUUACACCACUAAAUUAAAUUAUUCAAUUAAAUGAAUUUUAAAGCAGUCAUCUAGAUUAUAAACUGGAAGAAAUAUUUUUAAAUCAUCGGCAAACAAUACAUAAUUAUAAUGAAAAAAGACUGUAUAAACAACAAAUGCUGGAAAUAAAAGUGAUGAUAAAUGUUCACCAGAAGAUACAAUUAUGGAUAGAGAGAUAGUAUGUUUAAUUUUGACUGUCUGUGUUCUAUCAGAAUUAAAUGAUGACAACCAUUAGAGAAGUUUCCCGUGUAAGCCAUAUUUAUUCUAUUUUUUUUUUUUUUUUUAUUAAAAUAUUGUAGUCAACAGAGUUAAAGGCUUUCUUCUUACAUAUACAUAUAUAUAUAUAUAUAUAUAUAUAUAGAGAGAGAGAGAGAGAGAGAGACUGAGUAUUUUCUCCGUGAAUUAAAACAUAGGUUUAAUGGUGAAGAGAGGUACGUCAGGUGAGCCAAAGGGUUACUGCUGUCUUGGUCCGGCAGGUGUCGACGACUGCGUCCAAGGUUUUUCCAAGACUGAUUCACGGGCCUGAGUUGCGUCGACGGUGACGUCAGCAACAGUAGUCGACGGUGGUUAUGUUGGCACAGCGGCGACUGAACGGUGUCAGGCGAUUCUCCACGAGAUCGGCUUUUGACUCGUCAAGGAGAUUGGUAUUAGUAUUAGCAAUCUAUAAAAAAAUGACGAAACGAAACAAACAAACUAAGUAUCUAAACUAUUUAUCGAAGUCUUUGUUAAAUAUCGAUAGCGGUAGGUAAUGUAUAAUAUAUAGGUAAACGGUAUUAGACGUUGAAAUCGAAACGAAAAAUAUUUUUAAAAAAGAACGGCCUAACGAAAGGACGUUAUAAAAGUAUUCAAAUACCUUUGAAACAUUCGAAUAUAUAUUUUCUGAAGACAUUGUUUUUUAAAUUAUUCGAAUAGGUAUUCCAAAUACAAAAUAAAAGUAUUCGUUUCGAGACUGGCAAAUACAUAAUAUAAUUGUUGUUAUAAUAUUUAUUAAUAUUUUAUUGUAAUCACGUAUCGUAAAAAUCGAUUUAUCGAAUUGACAACGAUUUUGAAUUUAAUAUUUGGAAUGGUUAUUUUACACGGCGUUCAAUAUACCUUUAUUUGCGUAUAUUCAAAACGACGAUGCUUAAAUUUACUAUGCAUCGAUUACUCGAAUAUUCUAUAGGUAUAUUACCUAAGAUAUAGUGUUUAUAUUAGGUAAUUAAAUUUGAUUGAAUUUAAAUUAUCCUAAUAAUAUAUUUUUAGCUGUUUAAUAUUUAGGUCAUUAAGCUUAAUGUCAUCUAUUAUUUUCUCAAUCCUUGUGUUGUCACUGUGGGCUUGAUAAAUGUAUAACUAUAUCGGUUAUAUUAUCAUUAUACUUAUUCUAUUGCUUUUGUCCCGCAAAAUGUUUCAUCUUUAAUAUGUAUGUAUCACCGUAUUGUUUAACAUUAUUGUAAUAACAGUCAAUAAAAUAUGACUAGAGACCGCAUUAUUAUACAAUCUCAUAAACUCUGUACUGUCAUAUAAUAUGAAUUACAUAAAAAUGGUAAUAAUAAUUAUGUUCAGUUUUAAUUCUCUUAACGUAUAAGAAUUUUUAUUGCAUACAUAAAACGCCGUUUCAUAAUAAUAAAACAAAAUACACAGUCCAUCAUAAUAAUAAUAGUUUAUAGGUUACAAUAAUAAUUAUUUAAUUGUACACUUAUUAUUAAGCCUCAAAUUCUCUGAAAAUUAUUUUUAAAUGCUUCAAAAGAACGAAAAUGCCUUAAUAAUAUUUCAUUUUAGCGAAAUAAUAAAUAAACAACGAAAAAUGAAAAAAGAAGUUUAACUUUUGUUUGAGCCGGAUGACGCACCACUUAUAGCCGUUAAUAGAGAUGAAAUAAAGUCGUUAUCGAAAUCAUGAAUAGAGCAAUAAAAUUGCUUACGGAAAUGUAAAAAAAAAGACAAAAUUACAGUUUCACUUUUGAAGUGUCAUAUCUGUUACAUGAACUACGGGCUGAAUAUACUUGACCAGCCAAUGUAUUACCCUGCCCGAGUAAAGUAAUGUUUUAUUCUAUUAUUAAAAAAAAUCGGGCAAUGCACACAUUGCCCGAUAUUCAACUUUGCUCAAAACAUAUACUGGGUAAUUUACUAAACGUACUUACUCUUUUAUUUUUUUUAUUAAAUUUAGCAUGUAUUUAAAUUCUGAUUUUUGAAAUUUAAUGUUAAAAUUUUUAAUUUUCGUCAACCCGUUAACGAGAUAUUCAUUUUAUCACCCAUUUUUUUUUUUUUUUUUUUUUUUUUGAAAAGAUAUUGUAAAUUUCGAAAAAAUGUUCUAAGAAAAUACCAAAGCAAAAAUCCGCAUCUUUAUGGUAUGAAGAAAACAAAAUAUUUUACUAACCGUAUAAUGUUUUCUUAAAAAAAAAAACCAUUUUUAUAAAACUAAUAACUUUUUCAUUAUACGCAGAAUCUAAAGCCAUUGUAUUUCAAUUAAACUUUAACUGUAUGCAUUUUAUAUUUGACGUUAAAAACCUAUUAUGGAUAUAGCGGCUCAAGAUAGUAUUACAUAUUUGGAACGUGUAAAUAGUUAAAAUUAUUAUUAUCACCGCCACCAAAGUAAUCCUGAAAAAAUAUCAGAAUUUAAAUAUUUGCCUAUGAUUAUUUUCGUUGAUUUUUUCCUUCUGUUUGUAAUUGACCGGGCUUGUGGCCAAAUGGGAAAUUACUUUUUCAAAAAUACUAUCUCUAUAUCUUUACAAACACCGACAUCGUAAAAUAAUCUAGUAUCUCAGCUUAUAGAAUCUCAAUUUAAUUUACAUAAUAUAGUUAUUGGAUUUCAAUUUCUUGAAUCGUUUAAAAUUUCUCCUAACUUAUAAAACAUUGAAAAAUCAUAGGUAAUAAUAUAUUACUAACAUAUAUACUUAAUAGCUUGUAGUCGAAUAAUCUGCACGCGUAAACUUUUACCGUUUUAACGUUCACCAUAGCAUUAAAAAUACAAAUUUAAAAGGUAUAGAAAAUAAUAUGCAUUCAAACAUAAUUCACGAGAGACGCUAAAACGGUAUUUGUUAGUGCCUAAAUAUUUUCUCUGAUCGGAUUAUACGUAUUAUACGAAUACAAAAUACUAAUCUAUUGUGGUUAAUUUUUAAACUUUCACUAUAGGCACUUAUAAAGUUAUAACUAUUUUAUUUUAUCUUUUCAAUGUGUUUAACGGUGAAAAAAAAAUAUUAUAAUAAUCGCACGCUUAUUCUUAUUGCAUUGUUCAAUAAAAUACGGUCAGGAUAUUAUCAUCGCGAUAGGUACUGCUAUUAAAACAAAAACAAUUUUUGAGGUUUCGUGUGCAUUCUGGCAUAUCGCAAAACAGCGAUCUGGUAAAAUAAACGAAAAAUAAAUUGACGCUGUAUUAUGAUAGUUUUGUACGGUAUAAUGUAUGGGUAGGUCUAUUGUCCACGUGAAUGUGUGUGCAAAGCAAUUAGCCGCGGGUUAACAGUAUAAUAAAUUCACUAUUUACCCACUCGUCUAGAUAUAACUCUGCUCAAAAAUUAGGCACAACUUUCUAUACACCUCGUGUAAUUCGUUCGUAUUUAUGUUGUGAAAUUCUCUAUCUAUUAUCAGCACUCGGCUAUAGUAUAUGGGUAUUAUACGAAUGGGCUGGAUCGUCACGAGCACACGGCGACAGAGGCCUAUUAUAACUUAUAACAUUUACACUAUAUUAUAGUAUAGCUACUAUAAUAUUAUAUUAGGUAGGCUGUGUAGUCGAUUUCUUACAUUGCCGCGAUGAAAUAUCGUCUGCCCGUUUAAAAAACGAGUCAUUAUAUUGUAUUAUAUAAAUCGUGUAAUCACCAAGUAGUGCGGGAAAAAAUACCAACCUAGGCCUAUUGUCUUUUGGCUAUACCUGCAGUAUACAUACGUACUGGGUUUUGUUGGUUUUUUUUCGUGUACAACACAUAAUAUGUAAUAGGUAUGGGUUUUUUUUUUUUUUUAUGGGUGCAUACAGGAUAUUAUAAUCUCGCUUUUAUAAUGACGGUCCUCGGGACAUUAUAUUGGUUUUUUUUUUUUUAAACAAACAGUGGAUCAGAAAAAGGAAAAAAAAAUACUAACACGCCUACUGUGCGGGACCCCGGGCUAUAAACGAGACGAUGAAGUUAUAUCUUAAUUUGUCGGAACUGAAUGGGAUGAAUAAAAUUACCGUUUUCUUUCGCAUAGACUUGUGUUACACAUAUUUCGGGACUAUGGUACAAUAAAACAACAAUGUAGAGGUAUAGGUAAUAAAUAACUUCGAGUUACCGUAUGUCAUCAAUCGAUUUUUUUUUUUUUUUUUUUUUUCGUCCUUUUGACGUUCCAUUAUACCUACCACUUUAUACUGCAAUUUAUUGUGUUUAUUAUAAACAUACAAGUGUGGUAGCGGCAAUUCAAUAGAAAUCAACCGAUAAAAUAAAUUGUUUUGGAGAUUAUGAUUCAGUUAACAAAUUUAAGAAAUUAACGACCAAUAAUUAUUAGUGUUCACAUUUAAUGAGCACCUGCAGGUAUACGUUUAAUAUCAUUAUCCGUUUUUAGUUUUUCCAAGGCUAGAUAUAGUAGACAUGAACGAAUUGAAAAGUUAAAUGUUUAGUUACGUGAUUUUAACUUUUAAACUAUGAUUUUUAUAAAUCGUACCUAUUUUGUUUACAAAUUAAUAAAUAAUGAAUCAAUUAUAUUAAUUUAAAUGUUUUUAGAAUUUGACAUAAUAUUAAAUUUGUAAUCUAGACAUUACAUUUGAAUAGGUAUUAAAAUACAGCUGUACAAACAAUAGUAAUCUUUUUACUCAAUAAUAUGUGUGGGAGUUCUAAGUUUAAAAUAAGUAUGAUGUAGUGUUCUUAGAGUAAACCCCCUAAGUUUGUCAUCCUUGUUUUCAAAAAAUUACAAACUAGGUUUAAUAGUUUUCACUAUAUCAGUAACAAAUAAAAUUAACUUGAUAAGGCAAUUAAAUUUUGAAAUUAACUUUUAACUUGACUUGGUUAGUUAAUAGAACAAUCGCCUAACAUCAGAGUGUGAACGUGUUAAUUUAUUUUAAAAUUAACGUAACUCAAAUUUUUCGUUACCUUGCCCAGCCUUAAUUUUUUUUUUUUUUUACAAUUUGACGUGUACCUUAUUUUUAAUUUUGGUAAUAAAUCUGAAUAAAUGUUUAUGGAUUCAUUAAAUGCAUAUAGGUUUUUCAUCUUGACGUACCUACCCAUUAAAUAAAGUUUUGACUUUUUUGAAACAUAAUUGAUGUCUUUUAAGAAAGUAUACCUCCUAAAAAUAUUUACAUACAUUUUGAGUAAAUGUCAUUUGAAUAUUAUUCUCAAGUAGGCAAUUCAUAUCAAGAACAAUAUAAUAUACCUCUUUAUAAUACACAAUUAAUAAAACGUAAUAAUAAUUCGUAGUAAUAAAUGUCGAAAAUCAAUUAGUUAUUCACAAGUCAAAAUACUAUCUAUUCGUAGUUUUUAAUUUUUUUUUUCUUUUAAACCUUUUUGAAGUACAUCACGACAUCCGUGAUCAAAAACACUAUAUACUAAUACUGUUGUAGGGAACAAGAACUGACAGUAUUAUUGGUACUUGAAUAGAACCCUCGAGGCAAGUUCAACAGCAUCCUAAAAUUAUGAAGUAAUUAUAAUGGGAACAUAAAAGUAUCGUUUCGUAUACUUAAGAAGUCUGUAAAGAUUUCAACAUUAACGAUAAACAAAAUACAAUAUUUACCUAUACCAAAUAUUUUUUCUCGUCGUUUAUUUUUAUGGAUACACUUAUACAUCUUUACAUACCUAAUUUAAAAUACAUAAAAUAUAAUGGGAUAGGACAUAAAUACGUAGCUGAUAUCAGAUUAUUAAAUGAAAGGUAUGCCUAUAUAAUAACAUUAUUAUCACAUACUUAUAAUAAACAAUUAUUAUUAUUAUAUACAUACCAAAUAUUUUACAAAUACCUAUAAAAUAAAUAUACUGUUUAUUUUAUACUAUUAAAUAUUUAAAUUGAUGUAGGGCUAUCUGCUUAUAUAUUAAUAUUAUAAACUAUAAUAUAAUAUCUACAGAAAAACGGUAUAGCACGAUUUCGCUCUUUACAUAAUAUUAGUUAAUAUAUUACAAAAUAAGAUACACAGUGAUUUUAGAUUAUGUGGGAAGCGAGGAAUAAAUUGGUUUUACUUUGAUGUUUAUUUUUUUAUAUUGUGUACAAUAUUUCUACCAGAAAUUUUGCUAUAAUUUUUAAGUGUAAAACCUUUUCUGAAAGGAAAUUUUACCUAUUUUGUACUUUAUGGAGGUCAUUUUUUUGAUUUUCCGAGCAGUUUUCAUAAUAAUCGGGAAAACCGGAAAAAUGUACCAAAAUAAUACUUUUAUAAUUUUUAAUUGUGUUUUUUUUAAUGUAAUUCAGUUAAAAAUGUACUUAGAGACUUGAAAUGUUGACAGGAAAAUUAUAUUUUGCUGUUAACAGACAUAUAAAAUUAUUAAAAUAUUUUAAGCCAUUUUUCUUAGGUACUCUGUACUCUUAAAUUAUUAUACCAAACAGAAAUGCUUGAAAGGUUAGGGAAGUUCAUUAAAAGUUGUACUUGGUGGUCAACAAGAAAAAGUUUUAAUUAAAUUAAAUAUUUUAUAUAUAUAUAUAAAAUCGUAAAUAUUACGGACAUUUAAACAUAUAUAACCGGACUCCGUUCAGAAUCUUUUUUCAUUAGCAAUGAUUAAUCGUUAAAUUACCCUCUACAUUAUAUAUUAUUUUUAUUUCUUUUUUUAUUAUACCGAUGCCAUAUGCUAAUAUAAUAAUAUAUACCCACUAUAUAUCCUACCUUCUUAACUUCUCAACUUACAAUAGUGGUCCACCAAUCGUGUUAAGUAUGUGCGUCUAUUUUAUAAUUUUUUUUUUAAUCAAUUAUCAAUAAUUACUUACGAACAUUUUGAUUGUUUUUUUCUUUGUUAUUUCAUUGUUUUUGAUUUUUUCAGCCAUGGAAUUAUUUGUUGACAUGUUAAUAUGCAUUGUUGCAUAAUACCAAUAAGUAUUCGAUUUACUUAUUAUUUAUCAGUGAUAACCUUGAUGGCAUUUUAAAAUUUAAACCGAAGUAAUAGAGAUGAUGGGUUAUCGUCUAAAAAUAGAUUUAAACUGUUAAACUCAUGAACGAUAGGUAUUACUGGUAAUUACUUAUUACCAGUUAGAUAGUGUUAUGCAUAUCUCAAUUAUUAGAAAAAUAUUAUUUUUUCGAAUAUGUCUUAAAAAGGGAGAGUUGCCAUUUGAAAAUAAAAAGGUAAUAGGUAGGUUAAUUACUCAUAUAAUGCAUGCCUACACGACUAUACGUAAUAACUAUAGUAGUGAACAAUUGACAAAAAAAAAUAUUAAACAAUUCUAUAUAUUAUACCUAAUAAUUGGAAAAAACAUAUCAAAUUACUUGUCUUAAAAUCCUCAGAGGAAAACGCUGGUUCAUAAUAACCAAAAAAAUGACUGUGUAUGGAUACGGCACCAUAGAGUUUAUGGUACUGAUCAAUCUGUAUAAAAACAAUUUAGUCGAUAUUUGGAAAAUUAAAUAAUGUUCAAUUGCAUUAAUAGUAUAUGGUAAUUUAGGUCUUAGGUAUGGUAUCUUCUUAAUUCAUUACAGAUAACGUAAAAAAAAAAAAAAAAAUGAAGAAGUUUCAAUCACAUUUUACAAGUUCGUCCCGUUUUAAAUUCGUAUUUAUUGAUUUUUGCGUCUUUCGUGUAACAACUUGAAUAUCAAAAUCCAAUACAAAUAUUAUUAUCUGAUUCAUAGAAUCUAAAAUCCCUAGUUCGACAGCGAGUCGUCCGGUAAUGAAUUAACAACAACGAAGACAGUUGAUGCGUGUGCAAAAAAAAAAGGGGAACCUAUCUACCGAUGACAAAGGCGACUUGCGUAUUUAUUAUCGCGAAAUGAUCAUUCGGAAGAAUCCCUUUAUUAUUAUUAUUAUUGACGGAUUCGGCGGGACCUUUCACGCACGACAUUAUUGCGGGCACCUAUCUAUAAUACAGCACGUACGAUUGCUAAUCGCACCGCGGGUACGGGUUUUACGACAACAAACGACGAGAUGAAAAUCAAAAUACCGUCAACGAUAUUUAAGAAUAUAAAAUCAUAAAAUUGUAUACCUACGUGAAAAAAAAACAAAUAAAAUUGUGAACAGGUUCGUGAUUUAUCAUCAUCAUCAUCAUAAUAGUUUGUGUACGACAGACGAGCGCAGAUGCUUUCACCGUUCGCAGGUUCCUGAUCCCGAACACCGGGAGCUCUUCAAAUCGCACGCAACAGUCGUGUAACGAACCCAGUUGUAACAGCCUACUGCAGAGAAAAAAAAAAUGAAAAAAAGAGAUUAUCUAUUUGCCGUAUUAAACACGCGUAUUUUCUGUAUGUAUUUAUGUAUGCAUGUAUAUAUGUAUAAGCACAUGACACACUCGAAUGUACAUCAAUACGGACGAUUUUUUUUGUUUGAAAGAGUGUAGGUAAAGUUCCUAUAUAAAUAGACUAACCUAACCCAACCAAUACCUGUAAUAGAAAAAUCUGAUCAUAAACAUUGAAGAUUGACAUUUUUUUUUUUUUUUAUAUUAAUAAUCGUCGAGUAGACAUCUAGUUUUCGAACGUCACAAAGUACUUAUAUAGGUGCGCCUAUAUUUGCAAUAGCAGCUGUCCACGUAAUAACAGUUUCUUCAAAAGUCUUAUUUCGUUGGUUUUUGUACCUAUUUUACAGACCGCACUGAAGAUGGACGACCAACAGUCAAAUGAGAAGUCGUUACUUUUCUACAACCACACGGAAUGCGAGUGCCAGUCCAGGACGGAAGACACGAUGCCCAGAGACACAGUGCCUACGACGGCGGACUUCCUAGUCAAUAGGCCGAUGCACUGGACAGGGAACACCCGACUUCCCAGGUACCCCACUUACCUUGAUUAUUGCAAUGUAUACCCUACGUGCGAAUUUCAAAUUUCAUAAAACUCCACUUGGAGGGUCUUUUAUAAUGUUAUAAUAUUGAAAACGUUGUUGACAGUUGCAAGUGUCCCACGGAGUACACUGUUCGGUAUUUGCCCAACGGAUCGUGUUCGUGCGAUUGUUUCGAUAAACAGCACGAGUGCAUCAGAUACAAGAAAGGCAAAUUAAAGUUUAAUCAGCUGGACCAAGAGUAAGAUAUUUUUUUUUUGAACCCAUAUUGUCGUUCCUAGAUAAAUUCCGAAUGUAAUUUAAUGGAAAAAUAUUGGUUUUUUUUUUUUUUUUUAAUAUUUUACAGCUGCAUAUUUUCGGGUCAGUGUUUGUUGCCAAUGUGCGAUCAUGGCGUUUACUCACACCAAACCGGACGUUGCCCGCAAAGAUUGGAUUAUCUAUAUUCUUUAAAAAACAAACACUAUUUCUAAAUAAUAACUAAUAAUACUUAAGACUUUUGUAAUUUGUUUUAUACACACGAUAUUAUAUUUCUCUACACGAAACAACAAACACACAUACACACACAAGUAAAUAUUUGAUUGUUACUUGCCUGUGUGUUCAAUGUGUAGGUAUUAUGUGUAUGAGUCGUAUGUACCUAUAUAAUUAUUAUUAUAUAUCUACCUAAUAAUGUGUUCAGUGUUAUUUCCACACUUUUGUUUAGCAUGUACCUAGGUAGCUUUUUCAAAUUAUUUUUAAAUGUAAAAUUAUACACUGUACAUGUUAAAGUUACUCUUAGUGACAUUUAUUUAAUAUACUUUGUACAUUUUAUUAAUAAGUCAUUAUAUUUAUUUAAUUACUUUAUCAUUAUAAUUAUAUUUUGUAUUAUAAGCUUGAAAAAAAAAAACUGUAAUUACACAAAUAAAAUAUUUGAGUAUUUCAUGUUGUCUAGAUUAAAUUUAAUGGGCAAUACGUUGCUUCUCAUAAUCAUAUGUAUAAGAACAUUAAAAAUCAGUAGCACAACCAUAGGGAGAGUCCAUAGACCCCCCUUUCUUAGACUGUGUUGUACUUUCUUAUAAUAAUAGUACAUUUAAAAAAAAAAAAUGAAAAAUUGAUUUGACUUGGGUAAAGAACAUAAUAUCGGGACAAUUCGGCU